AAGGCCACGGCCAGGACGAAGGCCAAGGCCAAGGCCAGGGAUACGCCCACGUCCACGACCACGACCACGACCUCUCCUAAAGCCAGUUCGAGGUGCUAAAAUGCAGAUUUGGAACAACCUUAGAGGCAAUGCACAUGUACUUUCAACACUGUUUGCUGACAGGCGUUAUCCUAAAAGACCUACUCGAACAAGAAAAAUUGGUCGACUGGAAGCACCUCCAAAUAGUGGAAACCGUCAUGGUGUUAGACUGACUGCUUAUUAUAAGCCCCCAAGAACAGGCCACUAUACGUUUUACCUAGCUGGUGAUGACCAAUGCCGACUGUCUAUCAGCAGUGAUUUUACUUCAAGAAACUUAAGGAUGAUUGCAAUGUUUCCUAAAGGAUUGUGGACUAGACGUAACCAAUGGAACAAACAUCGGUCCCAGAAAUCAUCUAGAGUUUAUUUGAGGAGUGGUCGUGUCUACUACAUUGAGGCUCUGAUGAUAGAUGCUGGGGGACCUGACCAUCUUAGUGUUGGAGUAAGAAUUCCUGGUGGACGUUUGCAGAGACCAAUAUCAAGGAACAAUCUCUAUAUAAUUCCACCAGCUCGUUUUGUCCGGCCUAUCCGUAGAAGAUCAAUACGUGGAGUAAAAAUGCAAAUGUGGACUAGGAUUGGAUCUCAUCAUUUAAAUGCUCUACUUGGCAACAUUCGAUACAAGCGAAGAAGACCUGACAUGACCAUUAAUAUACCUGGUUUAAAGACACCUGUGAACAUUGAUGAUAAUUAUGGCCUUCGUCUUACUGCUUACUAUAGGGCACCUAGAACAGGACAAUAUGUAUUUUAUGUUGCUGGUGAUGAUGAAUGUAGAAUGCGAAUCAGUAGAAACCGUAGUCCAAGAUAUCUUCGACAGAUUAUACGUUUUAAAACGAACCUGUGGACCAAUCCAAACCAAUGGAAUAAAGACAGAACACAAAAGUCAAAAGCCAUCCAGCUAAUCAGGGGAAAAGUUUAUUUCAUGGAGGUUGUGAUGAAGGAAGGUGGUGGUGGUGAUCAUCUCAGUGUUGGAGUAAGAAAACCAGGUUUAAGAGGCAUCAAACCAGUUUCAAGGAGAAAUCUUUACCAGAGACCUCCAGGGCGGCGACGAAGACCAGGACGAAGACCCGGACGAAGACCAGGACGAAGACCAGGACGAAGACCAGGACGAAGACCAGGACGACUGCCCAGACCAAAACAGCGACCAAUGCGAGGUGUUUUAAUGGAGAGAUGGAAUGGAAUUGGAGGAAAUGAACUGUGGCGUCUUUUUACCAAUCCACGAUAUCCAAGAAGACCUAGUCAGCGUGUAAAAAUAAGAAAUCUAGUGUCACCUGUCAAUAAGGGAAACAACUAUGGAUUGCGAUUGAAAACAUAUUUUGUGCCUCCAAGGACUGGUCGAUAUGUGUUCUAUGUUGCUGGGGAUGAUCAGUGUCAGCUCUCCAUAAGUACAGAUUAUACCCGUAGAAAUUUGCAGAUGGUUGUUAUGUUCCAAAAGGGAUUAGCAACUGGACGAAAUCAAUGGAAUAAACAUAAAUCUCAAAGGUCUCCUCCAAUCCGCCUUUAUCGUGGAAAAGUGUAUUACAUGGAAGCUUUAAUGAAAGAAGGUGGUGGUGGAGAUCACAUAAGUGUUGGAAUGAGAAUGGGAAAAAGAAUCAGACCCAUUCCUAAAAGAUAUCUUUACAUGGUUCCACCAGUACGACGUAAAAUUCGGAGACCAAGAUUUGUGAGAGGAGCAAAAAUGCAAAUGUGGACAAGGAUUGGAUCUAAUAACUUGAACACCUUGCUUCGCAACUCCCGUUACCCUAGAAGACCUGACAUGACUAUCAAUGUACCUGGUUUAAAAUCACCAGUCAACAUUGGAGACAACUAUGGAUUACGUCUAACUGCAUAUUAUAGGGUACCUCGGACUGGUUAUUAUACAUUCUAUGUUGCUGGUGAUGAUGAGUGUAGAAUGCGAAUCAGUAGAAACAGUAAUUCAAGAUAUCUCCGCCAGAUCAUACGUUUUAGACGGGGUCUCUGGACAAAUCAAAACCAAUGGAAUAAAGAUCGGUCACAAAUGUCAAGAAAAAUGAAGCUAAGAAGAGGAAGAGUUCAUUUCAUGGAGGUAGUAAUGAAAGAAGGUGGUGGUGGUGAUCAUGUUAGUGUUGGAGUUAAAAAACCUCGUUCAAAGCGUAUCAGACCUAUUUCAAAGAGGGAUAUUUUCGUCAGACCACCAGGAAGAAGAAAACAUAGACCUGUACCAGGCCGUAAACCACCAAGAGGUGUUCCACAUCAUAGACCACGACCUAGGCCAACUGUUCGUCCAAGACCAAGGCCUAUACUGAAGCCAGUUCGUGGAGCAACAAUGCAGAUUUGGAACAACUUAAGAGGGAAUGCGCAUGUCUUGUCAACACUGCUUUCUGACAGACGUUAUCCUAAAAGACCCACUCGAACAAGAAGAAUUCAACGUCUAGUAGCACCUCCGAAUGGUGGCAAUCGUUAUGGUGUCAGAUUGACAGCUUAUUAUAAAGCUCCAAGGACAGGACGAUAUACAUUCUAUCUUUCUGGUGAUGACCAAUGCAGACUGUCUAUCAGCAGUGAUCAUACUUCACGAAACCUAAGAAUGAUUGCAAUGUUCCCAAAAGGAUUGUGGACUAAGCCUAACCAGUGGAACAAACACCAGUCCCAAAAGUCGACAUCAGUCUACUUAAGGCGUGGCCGUGUAUAUUUUAUGGAGGCUGUGAUGAUAGAUGCUGGAGGACCUGACCAUCUUAGUGUUGGAGUAAAAAUUCCUGGUGGAGGUUUGCAAAGACCAAUAUCAGGCAGAAAUAUCUAUGUUCUUCCAUCAGGUCGAGCUGUACGACCCACACGGAAAAGAUCAAGAAAAGGAGUUAAAAUGCAAAUGUGGACCAAAAUUGGAUCUCAUCAUCUGGAUGCUCUACUCCGGAACAUUCGAUACAGACAAAAAAGAGCUGACAUGACUAUCUAUCUACCUGGUUUAAAGACACCAGUGAACAUUGAUGACAAUUAUGGUCUACGCCUUACUACAUACUACAGGGCACCCCAAACAGGGUAUUAUACAUUUUAUGUAGCCGGAGAUGAUGAAUGUAGAAUGAGAAUCAGUAAAAACCGAAGUCCAAGAUAUCUUCGAAAGAUCAUACGUUUCAGAAAGAAUCUCUGGACAAAUCCUAACCAAUGGAAUAAGGAUCGAUCACAAAAGUCAAGAAAAAUUAGAUUGAGAAGUGGAAAAGUCUACUUUAUUGAGGUGGUAAUGAAGGAAGGUGGUGGUGGUGACCAUCUCAGUGUUGGUGUCCGAAAACCUCGUACAAGAAGAAUCAGACCUAUAUCAAGGAGAAAUCUUUAUUCAAGACCCCCAGGUAGAGGAAGAAGACCUCGUCCCAGACCAGGACGCCCAGGACGACCGGGAAGAGUGCCUAGACCACGACCAGUAAGAAAGCCUAGACCACGACCAGUAAGAAAGCCAAUGCAUGGUGUUAUGUUGGAAAGGUGGAAUGGAAUAGGUGGAAAUGAGCUAUGGCGUCUCUUUACUAAUCCGCGAUAUCCAAGACGACCUAAUCGGCGUAUGAAAAUAAAAAACCUUAUCUCACCUGCUAAUAAAGGAAACAACUAUGGAUUACGAUUGACAACAUACUUUGUUCCUCCAAGAACUGGUAGAUAUGUGUUCUAUGUUGCUGGUGAUGAUCAGUGCCAGUUGUCAAUAAGCACAAAUCAUAAACGCAGAAAUUUACGAAUGAUUGUUAUGUUCAAAAAAGGAUUAGCAACUGGACGAAAGCAAUGGAAUAAACAUACAUCUCAAAAGUCUAUUCCAAUUCGCCUUAUUCGAAGAAGAGUAUAUUAUAUGGAAGCUUUGAUGAAAGAAGGUGGUGGUGGUGAUCAUAUCAGUGUUGCAAUGAGAAUGCGAAAAAGAAUCAUACCCAUACCAAGCAAAUAUCUUUAUCUGAUUCCCCCAGUUCGCCCGAUGCGACGACCAAGGUUUGUCAGAGGAGUCAAAAUGCAAAUGUGGACAAGGAUUGGGUCUCACCAUUUGAGUGCUCUCCUUCGCAAUCCCCGAUACCGGCAAAAAAGACCUGACAUGACCAUCAAUUUACCUGGUUUGAAGACACCAAUCAACAUGGCUGAUAAUUAUGGAUUACGUCUCACAGCAUACUAUAGGGCACCUCGAACAGGGUACUAUACAUUUUAUGUUGCUGGUGAUGAUGAAUGUAGAAUGAGAAUAAGUAAAAAUCGUAGCCCAAGAUAUCUGCAGCGAAUCAUACGUUUCAAGAGGAAUCUGUGGACUAACCCAAACCAAUGGAACAAAGAUAGAUCACAGAAAUCAAGACGUAUCAGACUAAGAAGACAGAGGAUCUAUUUCAUUGAAGUUGUAAUGAAAGAAGGUGGUGGUGGUGAUCACCUCAGUGUUGGAGUAAAAAUACCACGUUCAAAACGGAUUAGACCUGUCUCGAAGAGAGAUAUUUUCACAAGACCACCUGGACGCAGAAGGCCAAGACCUAGACCUAGACCAAGACCUAGACCUAGACCAAGACCUAGACCAGGAAGAUAUCCACGACCUAGGCCAAGACCAAGACCACGGCCAAGGCCAGUGAGACCAAGACCAAGACCUAGGCCCAGGCCAAGUAUCUGCCCAAGACCAAGACCUAUACUCAAGCCAGUUCGAGGAGCAAAAAUGCAGAUUUGGAAUAAUCUUAGAGGCAAUACACAUAUUCUCUCAACACUGUUUGCUGACAAACGUUACCCUAGAAGACCUACUCGGACAAGAAGAAUAAAAGGGCUUGUAUCACCUCCUAAUGGUGGAAACCGUUAUGGUGUGAGAUUAACAGCUUAUUAUAAGGCCCCAAGAUCAGGAAGUUAUACAUUUUAUCUCUCUGGUGAUGAUCAAUGUCGACUAUCUAUUAGCAGUGAUUAUACCUCACAAAAUCUGAGGAUGAUUGCAAUGUUUCCUAAAGGAUUGUGGACUAGACGUAAUCAAUGGAACAAACAUCGUUCCCAAAAGUCAACCCCAGUCUAUUUAAGGAAGGGUCGUAUUUAUUUCAUGGAAGCUCUGAUGAUAGAUGCUGGUGGACCAGAUCAUCUUAGUGUUGGAGUAAGAAUUCCAAGAGGAGGUUUGCAGAGACCAAUAUCAAACAGAUAUCUUUAUUUCAUUCCUCCAGCUCGUUAUAUUCGUCCUGUACGUAGACACUCAGUACGUGGGGUAAAAAUGCAAAUGUGGACAAGAAUUGGAUCACAUCAUUUAUCAGCGCUAUUGCGCUACAAUCGUUACCCAGACAAACCUGACAUGACUAUUAACUUACCUGGAUUGAAGACACCAAUCAACAUUGAUGAUAACUAUGGACUUCGUCUUACCACUUACUAUAGGGCACCUGUAACAGGUACAUAUAGAUUUUAUGUUGCUGGGGAUGAUGAAUGCCGAAUGAGAAUUAGUACAAACCGCAGUCCAAGAAAUCUGAGGAAGAUCCUCCGUUUUGCUGCAAACCUUUGGACAAACCCCAACCAAUGGAAUAAGAAUCCUUCCCAAAGAUCCAGUCCAGUCCGGCUAAUUAAGGGACGAGUGUAUUUUAUGGAGGUGUUAAUGAAAGAAGGUGGUGGUGGUGAUCAUCUUAGUGUUGGUGUAAAAAUGCCCCGUUCAAGACGGAUUAUAGCUGUUCCAAGACGUAAUCUUUAUCAAAGACCACCAGGAGGACGUCGGCCAGGAAGAGGACCUGGACGAAAACCAGUGCGCCGACCACGUCCUAUGCGAGGUGUUAUGAUGGAGAGAUGGAAUGGAAUUGGUGGAAAUGAGCUGUCACGUCUCUUUACCAAUCCACGAUAUCCAAGACGACCUAAUAAAGCUGUGAAAAUACGGAAUCUUGUGUCACCUGUAAAUAAGGGGAACAACUAUGGAUUACGAUUAAGAACAUACUUUGUGCCACCAAGAACUCGUCGGUAUGUGUUCUAUGUUGCUGGAGAUGAUCAGUGUAGGUUGUCUGUAAGUACAGAUCAUACACGUAGAAACCUGCAGAUGGUUGUCAUGUUUCCCAAAGGACUGGCAACCAGACGAAAUGAAUGGAAUAGACAAAAGUCUCAGAGAUCUGUUCCAAUACGCCUUGUUCGUGGAAGAGUCUAUUACAUGGAAGCUUUGAUGAAAGAGGGUGGUGGAGGUGACCAUAUUAGUGUUGCAGUGAAAAUGGGUAGAAAUAUCCGGCCCAUUCCUAGGCGAUACCUAUAUCUGGUUCCCCCAGUUCGCAGAUAUCGGCCACCAAGAUAUGUGAGAGGGGCAAAAAUGCAAAUGUGGACAGGAAUUGGAUCUCACAAUUUGAAUACCUUACUUCGCAAUCGUCGUUACCCCAGAAGACCUGAUGUAUCUAUCAAUAUACCUGGUUUGAAUACACCAGUCAACAUGGAUGAUAACUAUGGAUUACGUCUCACCACAUACUAUAGGGCACCUCGAACUGGGUAUUACACAUUCUAUGUUGCUGGUGAUGAUGAAUGUAGAAUGAGAAUCAGUAGAAACCGUAGCCCAAGAUAUCUCCGGCAGAUCAUACGCUUUAGAAAAAAUCUUUGGACCAGCCCAAAUCAAUGGAAUAAAGAUCGUUCACAAAAGUCAAAACGAAUCAGAUUAAGGGGAGGAAAAUUCUAUUUCAUGGAGGUGGUCAUGAAAGAAGGUGGUGGUGGUGAUCAUCUCAGUGUUGGAGUAAGGAAACCUCGCUCAAGGCGCAUCAGACCAGUUUCAAGAAGAAAUAUCUACCUUAAACCAACACGUGUCAGGGUACGACCAAGACCACAAACUCGUCCUCGACCAUGGAGGCCAAGACCCAGACCAGGGAGGCGACCAAGACCUAGACCAAGACCAGUCAUACGCCCAAGGCCCAGGCCAAGACCCAGGCCAAGACCUAGACCUAGGCCAAGGCCAGUUAAAAAGAUUGCAGUUCAAGUUAGAAGUGAAGGCUGUGAAGAUAGAGGUAGAGAAAAUGGUUGCGGUUUGGCCAAGAUUACUGUGAAUAACAGGGAUUAUUCAAAACAUGGACGUGGAUACAACUUUGUUGUACUAGAUGGAACAACAGGUGCUGUAACUAGGCAGAAAUCUUUUGAUACCCAUGGGAAUAGAAAUUACGUGAAGGCCAUGGUACAAUUUGUUAAGAGAAUUCCUCGCAACAAAAUUGUAUUGGUUGCUGUACAAGAUGAAGCCCAGAGAAUGAUGACAAGUCCUGGUUACCGUGCAUUGCGCAAGCUUUUGGCAAGAGGACCCUUACGUUUAGAUUAUCGUGGUACAUUUGCCUUAAUUGGCUAUACUGGUGGACGAAGGAGAAGACCAAGAUUCGUAAAGCAGAAAAUUGGACGCAGGGGAAAAGGACCAAUUCAAAUUGGUGCUGUGAUUCGUGUACCAUUGUAUGGACGAAGACGACCAAGACCUGGACGAAGACCUGGACGAAGACCUGGACGAAGACCUGGACGAAGACCUGGACGAAGACCUGGACGAAGACCUGGACGAAGACCUGGACGAAGACCUGGACGAAGACCUGGACGAAGACCUGGACGAAGACCUGGACGAAGACCACCAGCUCGACUUCGAUUCCCAAGGUGGCCUUAUGAUUUCCGCUGGAGUUUUGCAGGGCCUGUUCGUGGUUACAGAUGUGUCCAGAUCAAAGAACCAGCUGACCGUUACACAUGGCAUGAUAAUUACUUCUGUUCACGAAAGAACAGGAAGAACCCUGGAAUGAGAUGGAGUUUUGCAGGCCCAAUUCGUGGCAUGAGAUGUACAAGGAUCUAUGAACCUGCAGACCCACACACCUGGAAAGAUAAUUAUCUCUGUGUUCCCCAACGCUCGCCAUUACGCCUCAGGUGGUCUUUUGCUGGAAGAGUACGUGGAAUGGCAUGUAUACAAUGGAGAGAACCAGCUGAUCCACAUACCUGGCAUGAUAAUUAUCUUUGUGCAAGAAGAGCCAGAAGAAGGCCAGUAAGACCAAGACCACAACUGAGACCUCGACCAAGGCCAAGACCUCGACCAAGACCAAGACCUCGACCAAGACCUUCUCCACCAGCUCGACGUCGUUUUCCAAGAUGGCCUCGUGAUUUCCGCUGGAGUAAUGCAGGGCGUAUACGUGGCUACCGGUGUGUUCAGAUCAGGGAGCCUGCAGACCGCCACACAUGGAAUGACAACUACUUCUGUUCACGUCGAAACACAAGGAACCCAAGAAUGAGAUGGAGCUUUUCAGGCCCAAUUCGUGGCAUGAGAUGUACAAGGAUUAGAGAACCUGCAGACCCACACACCUGGAACGAUAAUUAUCUCUGUGUCCCCCAUCGCUCACCCUUACGAUUCAGGUGGUCUUUUGCUGGAAGAAUUCGUGGAAUGGCAUGUAUACAGUGGAAAGAACCAGCUGAUCCACAUACCUGGAAUGAUAAUUACCUUUGUGCAAGAAGAAUCAGAAGGCCAGUGAGACCACAAGUUCGACCCAGGCCAAGACCCAGGCCAAGACCAAGACCAAGACCUAGGCCAAGACCUUCCCUGCCCGCUCGACGUCGUUUUCCAAGAUGGCCUCGUGAUUUCCGCUGGAGUAAUGCAGGGCGUAAACGUGGCUACAGGUGUGUUCAGAUCAGAGAACCUGCAGACCGCCACACAUGGAAUGACAACUACUUCUGUUCACGCCGAACAAAGAGUAACCCAAGAAUGAGAUGGAGUUUUGCAGGCCCAAUUCGUGGCAUGAGAUGCACACGGAUCAUUGAACCUGCAGACCCACAUACAUGGAAAGAUAAUUAUCUCUGUGUGCCCCACCGUUCACCCUUGCGAUUCAAGUGGUCUUUUGCUGGUAAGAUUCGUGGAAUGGCCUGUAUACAGUGGAGAGAACCUGCUGAUCCACAUACAUGGCAUGAUAAUUACCUUUGUGCCAAGAGGACUAGACGAAGACCUCGCCCAAGACCUCGCCCAAGACCUCGACCCAGACCCAGACCCAAACCGAAAAUACCAAGAGAUCCAGCAUGGAAAAAGAUGCGGCGAAUUUUCACUGUUGUUGAUUCUGGGAUAACAACAUCAAUUUGGGCAAUCAACCGAAAGCAGCAAAUUUUCGUCUUCUACAAAGGACGUUGGCAAAAUGUUGGUGGCAGAUUAAAACACAUAUCAUCAGGCCGUGCAGGUGUCUGGGGAACGUCAAAUAACAAUAAGAUUUAUUACAGACAAGGCACUAACAACAGAAACCGUAGAGGCAGGCGUUGGAUUCAGAUUUCUGGAAGAUUGAGGCAAAUUGAUUCUGGACCGAGAGGAGUUGUUUGCGGAGUUACCACCUCACAAACCAUUUACUGUAGAACUCAAAUAACACGCUUGAGACACACUGGAAAAGGCUGGACCCGUGUCUCUGGAAAACUGAAGUAUAUUUCAUGUGGCGAUUAUGGGUAUUGGGGCGUCAACCAGCAGAACAAUAUAUAUUUCCGAGAAGGUGUCACCAGAAGUAAUCUACGUGGGUCCAGAUGGAGACGGAUUCCUGGAAAAUUGACACAGAUUGAAGCUGGGCGAUUCGGUCAGGUGUGGGGAGUCAAUCGCCGUGGGCAUGUCUAUGUUCGUCAAGGUGUUUCUGAGAAUGUUCCGUGGGGUCGCCGUUGGAAACUGGUGAGAACAAAAAAGAAAUGGAAACAUAUAACCAUUGGAAUUGGGUCAGUGUUUGGAAUUGGUAAAAAUGGAUAUGUGUAUAGGACAAUGCCAACAACUGGAGGUGUCACUCCUCGUCCACCAUCAAAAGAUCCAAGAUGGUCUAAGAUUGGCCGUCUGUUUUCACAGAUAGAUGGAGGUAUAACCUCACAGGUCUGGGGAACUGAUCCUAGUAACAAUGUUUACACCCGCAAAAAUGGUAAAUGGAGAAAAGUGAAUGGAAGAUUAAAACAUGUAACCACUGGUGGCAGUGGGACAUGGGGAAUAAGCAGCAGUUUACAGAUCUACUACUAUGCCAGUACAGGAUGGAAGAGGGUUUCUGGUAGUCUGAAGCAGAUUGAUUCUGGGAACCGUGGAAUUGUCUGUGGGGUGAAUAAUGGUGAUAAUAUUUACUGCCGACUUGGAAUCUCAUCUGCACGUUUGUAUGGCACUAAGUGGGCUAGAGUUCCAGGAAAACUGAAGUACAUCUCAUGUGGUGCACUUGGACACUGGGGUGUGAACAAAAAUAAUGACAUAUUCUUUAGGUAUGGUGUUUUGCCUGGAAAACCACAGGGAACAAAGUGGAAGCAUGUACCUGGUAAGUUACAUCAAGUUGAAUCUGGUCCAGAUGGUGCUGUCUGGGGUGUGAACAUCUUCACUGGAGUUUACACCCGUCUUGGCGUAAGUCGACGAAAUCCAAUUGGAAAAAGAUGGAAGGGUUUCAAGAAGAAAAAACUGGUUAGUAUAUCAGUUGGCCUUGGUGUUCUCUUUGGAGUGGACAGAAAUGGUAGACCAUAUUCAACACCAGCUCGUGCAUUAGUGGGACGGAAAGGCCUACCCAGACAACCUUCAGGCAAAGGUAAAUGGACAAACAUGCGAAGACGUUUCAAACAGGUUGACUCUGGUAUAACAAGAUCUGUGUGGGCAGUUGAUGCUUCAAGAUUGAUCUAUAGACUUUAUCGUGGAAACUGGAGAAAAAUAGCUGGUAGGCUAGACCAUGUUUCAACUGGCCAAUCUGGUGUAUGGGGUAUUGCAUUCUCAGGCAAAAGAAGAGGCAAUAUAUAUAUCCGAGUUGGUGUCUCCAGGCAACGACCACUUGGCUUGAGGUGGAAACGAGUGGGUGGCUCAUUGCGGCAAAUAGAUUCUGGGCCCAGAGGAAUUGUUUGUGGUAGCACUGGUAGUAAGGUAUAUUGUCGUCAGGGUAUUUCACAAAGACUGCCAUAUGGUAGAAGAUGGGUUAUGGUAGGUGGUGCUGCAGUUAAGUAUCUCUCUAUUGGCGAGUAUGGUAUGUGGGGAGUGACCAAGACAGGUCAAAUCUACUUCAGAGCGGGAAUGAGCAGAAGCAACCCAGUUGGUUAUAAAUGGCGAAGAGUUGGAGGAAAUCUUAUUCAAAUUGAGGCUGGUAAAUUUGGCCAGGUGUAUGGUUUGGCCAAAUCUCGGCAAAUGUAUGUGAGGACUGGUGUCACUGAGAAACGACGGCAUGGAACUAGUUGGAAGAGAAUUUCCACAAAGGUGUGGAGUCAUGUCUCUAUUGGAAUCGGUGUUGUUUACUCUCUGGAUCCAUCAAAGACUCUAUUCAGAGCAAAUCCCCUUGUCAUCAGUGGAGUCAAGCCAAAGCCUUCCCCUCGAGAUGGCAGGUGGCAACGAGUUGGUAAACCAUUAUCCCAGUUGGAUUCUGGAAUUAGCAAUACACCAUGGGGUGUUGACUUCAAUGAUGGUGUGUAUGCAUUUGUAAGUGGGAAAAUUAAAAAAGUUCGUGGACAUUUGGCACAUGUUUCUCCAGGAGAAGGUGGUGUUUGGGGUGUAAAUCGCAGAAAUAGCAUCUACAUGCGCAGAGGAAUUACACCCAAGAGAGUAUCAGGGACAAGUUGGGCCAGAAUUGGUGGUAGACUGAAACAGAUUGACUCAGGACCAUUUGGAAUUGUCUGUGGUGUAAAUCAAGGCAAUAACAUAUACUGCCGGCGAGGUAUUACACAAAGACGUCCCAUGGGAAUUGGAUGGAUUCAUGUCCCUGGAAAACUUACAUAUAUUUCUUGUGGUCUCUAUGGGCAUUGGGGUAUUAAUAAAAACUUCAGAAUAUACUUCAGAUAUGGUGUGAAGUUUGGCAAGCCCCAGGGACAACGGUGGAAGCAUAUUCCUGGUUACUUGGUGAACAUUGAAUCUGGAGCUAAUGGUGCAGUUUGGGGUGUAAACUUAGAUGGAAGAGUUUUGACUCGCCUGGGCAUUUCCCGUGGUAAUCCUAUUGGAUCAUCAUGGAAACCUAUUGGCAGAAAGCACCUGGCAACAAUUUCUGUAGGACUUGGAUACCUCUUUGGAAUAGAUCAUGUAGGAAAGCCAUAUAUUAGUGAUGUUGCUAAGUUCCUUGGACGGAAUGGUUUGCCAAAGAAGCCAAAACCAAUAAAACCAGGGAAUGUUUUGUCCAUCUAUAUCCGCAGUGAAGGUUGUGAGGACAGAAGACGAGCCAAAGGAUGCGGACGUGCUUACAUUAAAGUGAAUGGAAAGGAUUAUUCCAGACAUGGCCGUGGAUACAAUAUUGUUGUCUUGAACAGCAGAGGCAAACCUAUCAGACGUCGGUCUUUUGAUACUCAUGCAAAUCGGGGAAAUGCUAAAAGAAUGGCCAGAUUUUUGAACAGAAUGAAAGGAAAAAAGAAUAAAAUUAUCUUAGUUGCAAUACAAGAUGAAGGGAAAAAGAGUAUGACAGGUGUUGCAUAUAAUGCAUUAAAAAGAGUCGGUGCAAAGAGUCCAUUCAGAGCAGACUUUCGAGGAUCAUAUGCACUGCUUGGCUAUACUGGUCCUGGUAAACCACCUUUUAUCCAACAGAAAGCUAACAAGCGCAGGCGGGGACCAAGUGUUAUUAAUGCAGCCUUUGCUAUGAGAGCAAAACCAAGGCCUAGACCAGCCAAAGUGAUGAUGAUCUCCAUACGGAGUGAGGGCUGUAAUGACAGAGGCAAGAGAGGUCAUUGUGGUAUAGCCAAUAUUAAAGUGAAUGGAAAAGACUACUCACGGCGUCAAAGAGGAUAUAACAUUGUUGUACUUCGAGCUGAUACAGGCAAAAUUAUCAGACGUCGUUCAUUUGAUACACAUGGUAAACCGUCACAUGUCAAUACAAUGGUUCGAUUUUUGAACAGAAUAAAGAAAAUUCCAAACAAAAUUAUUCUUGUUGCCAUACAAGAUGAGGGAAAAAACAAAAUGACCACUGCUGCCUAUAGUGCCCUGCGUAAAAUUGGAGCACGCAAACCUUUCAAUGCAGAUUUCCGUGGAUCAUUUGCCCUGAUUGGUUAUACUGGACCGGGUAGACCAAGAUUUGUCAAGCAGGUUGGGAAUCGAAGAUACAAAGGGCCUAGCAUCAUUAAUGUAGCCAUUAGACUCAAAAAACGUGUUGGACCACCCCCAGACAAAAACUGGGCACAAAUGAAACAACGUUUCACAGUGGUUGAUUCUGGCAUGACAAGCAGGGCAUGGGCUGUAAACAAGCGAAGGCAAAUUUUUACCUAUAUAAGAGGAAAAUGGCAAAGAAUUUCUGGAGGACUAAAGCAUAUUUCAUCUGGCCAGGCUGGAGUUUGGGGCACCACUGGCAGUGGUAGUAUAUACUUCCGUAUGUCUGUCACAGCAAGAAAGCCUAAGGGUAGAUAUUGGAAACGUGUGCCUGGUAAACUCAUACAGAUUGAUUCUGGACCGAAAGGUGUUGUCUGUGGGGUGAACAAACAAAAUAACAUAUACUGCAGGAGUCAAAUCAGUCAACACUAUAGACGAGGGAGAGGAUGGAUUCACAUUCCUGGUAAACUGAAGUACAUCUCUUGUGGUGAAUAUGGAUACUGGGGUGUGAACCGCAACAACUACAUUUACUUCAGAGAAGGUGUUUCACGAAGCAAUCUUUUGGGAAUUAAAUGGCGAAGAGUGGCAGGAAGGUUACGUCAAUUGGAGGCAGGGAAAUAUGGUCAAGUUUGGGGUCUCAGCCCUGGGGGAAAGAUUUAUGUUCGUACUCGUGUUACUGCAUCUAAACCAUGGGGCAUUGGAUGGAAGAGGGUGAAGACUCGCAAGGCAUGGCGACAUGUAACUAUUGGAAUUGGUGCUGUAUUUAGUGUCGCUUCAAAUGGACAUGCAUAUAGAACGUCUCCAGCUACUGGAGGGGUAACUCCAAGACCACAACCUCGAGAUCCAAAAUGGACGGCCUUUGGUAGAGUGCUUUCCCAAAUUGAUACUGGAAUGACCCCCAAUAUUUGGGGUGUGGACCCAAGUGAUUUAAUAUGGGUGCGAAUGAACGGAAAAUGGCAAAAAGUUGGUGGAAGAUUGACUCAUAUUUCCUCCGGAGGAGCUGGUGUCUGGGGUGUUGCCCGAAAUAACCGAAUCUAUUUCCGCUUGGGAGUUGGUGGUAAAAAUAUUAAAGGCAGAAUGUGGAAGCGAAUUCCUGGUGGAUUAAAACAGAUAGAUUCAGGGCCACCUGGAAUUGUUUGUGGAGUGAACAAGAAUGAUUAUAUCUACUGCAGAACACGUAUUUCACCUGUAAACAAAUUUGGUAGUAGUUGGACCAAGGUUCCUGGAAGACUCAAGUACAUAUCAUGUGGUGCACUUGGACACUGGGGUGUAAACAAAAACAACCAUGUAUACUACAGAUAUGGGGUUAAUCCAGGCAGGCCACAGGGGACAAGGUGGAAACGUGUACCUGGCCGACUACAUCAAAUUGAGUCUGGUCCUGAUGGAGCUGUAUGGGGUGUAAACCUUUACACAGGUGUUUAUACUCGUCUUGGUAUAACCAAAAGCAAUCCUAUUGGAACAAGAUGGAGAGGGUUCAAAAAGAAAAAGCUAGUCAGCAUCUCAGUUGGACUUGGUUCAUUAUACGGAGUUGACCGAAAGUCUAGGCCAUUCUCCACAGUUGUAUCUGUACUUGCUGGCCCUAAAGCUUUACCUAAGAAAACAAAAGGUUCAAAGUGGACAAAAACACAAGAAGUUUUCAGCCAAAUAGACACUGGUGUCAGAACUUGGGCAAUCCGCAAUCCAAGGUAUAUUUAUGGUCUUUCUGGAAAGAAAUGGAAGAAGAUAUCUGGUCGAUUAUAUUCAAUUGUGUCUGGUAAAGCAGGUGUUUGGGGAAUUGCAACAUUGAAUAGAAUCUACUAUCGACUUGGUGUGACAAAAAGAAGGCCAUUUGGUACACGUUGGAAGAGAGUUGGUGGCAAACUCAAGCAAAUUGACUCUGGGCCAAAAGGACUUGUGUGUGGCGUUAGUAGAUUAAACAAAGUUUUUUGUCGGCUCCAAAUUUGUCGUCAUGCACCAUAUGGUAGAAGAUGGAUAUAUGUUUCCCGGCCAUUCACAUACAUCUCUAUUGGCGAGUAUGGUUACUGGACAUUGAAUCCAGCUGGUCAGAUCUACUUUAGAUUAGGUGUAACAAGAAGCAGACCUCAAGGGUAUAACUGGAAGAAAAUACCUGGUAACCUGGCUCAGAUCUCUGCCGGACAGUAUGGCCAAGUAUAUGGUGUGAACAAACAAGGAAAAAUGUAUAUGCGUUUGGGUGUGACAGAGAAUAGACCAUAUGGUUUAAGAUGGAAACAUCUUCCAUCUGUGAAGUUGUGGGCACAGGUCUCAAUUGGAUAUGGUACCGUUUACACUCUCGAUACUGCUAGGGUUGCUUAUAGGGCCAACCUGUUAGCUAUAGGAGGUGCGGUCCCUAAACCACCUGCUAAAGAUGGAAGAUGGCAACCUUUACGCUCCAUAUUGUCACAAAUUGACUCAGGCAUAACUGGUUAUACAUGGGGUGUUAAUCCAAAUGACUUUAUCUAUUUAUACACAAAAGGAAAAUUGAGAAGAGUUGGUGGAAGAUUGGUGCAUGUAUCGUCUGGGGCUUCUGGUGUAUUUGGUUGCGCAAGGAGCCGAAGUAUUUGGUUCCGUCGUGGUGUGACCUCCAAAAGACCAAGUGGUAGGUCCUGGAAAAGAGUGGGUGGAAGUUUAAGUCAAAUUGAUUCUGGUCCUUAUGGCAUAGUCUGUGGUGUGACACAUAAAUUUUCAAUAUGGUGUCGCACUGGUAUCACUAAGCGACGUCCAUAUGGUAAAAGCUGGAAGAGGGUUCCUGGUAGCCUGAUCUACAUAUCAUGUGGAUUAUAUGGACAUUGGGGUGUCAACAAAAAUCAUAAUAUCUACUUCAGACAUGGUGUGAACCGACGUAGACCACAAGGUGUUAAGUGGAGGAGAGUUCCUGGAAAAUUAGCGCAGAUUGAAUCUGGACCAAAUGGUGCAGUAUUUGGUGUGACCCAAUUUGGCACAGUGUACACUAGAUUGGGUAUCUCUCAAAGAAAUCCUGUAGGCAAAAGAUGGAAGAUUGUUGGCAAAAAGAAACUUAGCAGUAUUUCAGUUGGGCGUGGUGUUCUAUAUGGCAUUGGACGUAAAGGUCGUCCUUUCUUAGGAGAUGUGAAAAAGUUCCUAGGCCCACAUGGUAUUCCAAAGAAAACUGGGCCUAAACCAAUAAAGCCAAGACCAGGCAAAGUUGCAAAGAUAUUUAUAAGAAGUGAAGGUUGUAAUGAUCGUGGAAAAUAUCGUGGAUGUGGCCGUGCUUACAUCAAAGUCAAUGGCAGGGACUACUCCAGACAUAAACGAGGAUACAAUAUUGUUGUACUAAAUUCAUUUACUGGUAAAGUUGUUAGACGGAAGUCCUUUGAUACUCACGGUGCACGUGCCAAUGUGAACAGAAUGAUUAGAUUUUUGAAAAGAAUGAAGAAGAUAAAAUAUCGAAUUUUCCUAAUUGCUGUACAAGAUGAAGCCAGCCGAAAGAUGUAUACAGCAGCUUACAAGGCAUUACGCCUUGUUGGUGGCCGAAAUCCAUUUUAUAGAUCUUUCCGUGGCUCUUAUGCAUUGGUUGGAACAACUGGGCCUGGGCGUCCAUUUUGGGUUAAACAAGUUGCCAAGCGUCGAUUCAAAGGACCAAGCAUCAUUAGAACUGCUAUACCAUUAGCAGGACGAAAACCAAAGCCAAAACCUAAAGUCAAACGCAAGACUGUUGUGAUUAGAAGUGAAGGAUGUGAUGACAAGGGCCGAGCACCUGGGUGUGGUCGUGCUUAUAUAAAACUGAAUGGCAGAGAUAUUUCUCCACACCGAAGAGGAUACAAUUUUGUUGUCCUGACUGGAUCGACAGGAAAGGUAAUUCGACGUGUGUCUUUCGACACCCAUGCACACCACAGUAACGUAAAAAGAAUGGUUCAAUUCAUAAACAGGCUACGCAAGCAACCUGGUCUUAUUGUACUGGUUGCAAUUCAAGAUGAAGGUCAAAGAAAAAUGAGGGGAAAUGCUUACAGUGCUUUACGUAGAAUUGGAGCACGGAAUCCACUAAAUGCAGCUUUCCGGGGAUCAUUUGCUCUUGUUGGAUACACUGGACCAGGGCGGCCAUCAUUUGUUCGACAGGUUGCAAAACGUCGUCGUAAAGGACCAAGCGUUAUUAGAACAGCACUAGCCUUUAAAGCAAAACGUCCAGGAAAAACAAGAGACCCAGCAUGGAGUAAAAUCCGAAAGCGCUUCACACGUAUUGAUUCUGGGAUGACAAGGCAUGUUUGGGCAGUCAACAAACGUGGUCUCAUUUUCAAACUUGUAAGGGGCAAAUGGCGUAAAGUUGGAGGUCGACUUCGACACAUCUCUUCAGGUCAAGCUGGUGUUUGGGGUGUGAACCGUAAUAGAAAAAUCUACUUCCGUGAAAGGAAAAGAUGGUAUUAUGUGUCUGGUAGAUUGAAACAGAUUGAUUCAGGACCAAGAGGAAUUGUUUGUGGUGUGAGCAAAGGGGAUAACAUAUAUUGCAGAAUGCAAAUCUCAUCACGUCUCAAACGAGGAAAAAGAUGGGUUCACAUUCCUGGUAAACUGAAGUACAUUUCAUGUGGUGAAUAUGGUCACUGGGGGGUGAACAAAGCCAACAAUAUAUAUUUCAGAGAAGGGGUGUCAAGGAGCAACCCUUCAGGAAUAAAAUGGCGGCAUAUUCCCGGAAAGUUGAGACAACUUGAGGCUGGACGAUAUGGUCAGGUGUGGGGUGUAAAUAGAAAUGGAGUAGUAUAUGUUCGUACUGGUGUCACAGAACAAACACCAUGGGGUCUUGGCUGGAAAAGAGUGAAAACAAAGAAGUCAUGGCAUCGUAUAACAAUUGGAUAUGGUGCUGUUUAUGGAGUAGCAAGAAAUGGAUGGGUCUAUAGAACUGUUCCUACAACUGGAGGUGUUACAUCUCGGCCACCAGCUAAAGAUGGCCGGUGGUCAAAAAUGGGAGGUGUAAUCACUCAAAUGGAUUCUGGAAUGACACCUUCUGUAUGGGGCAUUGACCCCCAAGACAAUAUUUACACUCGAAAAAAUGGCAACUGGAAAAAGAUUUCAGGAUCGUUGAUUCACAUAUCAACAGGUGCUGCUGGAACAUGGGGGUCAAAUCGAGGUUAUGCAAUUUACUACUACACUGGAAAACGUUGGCUUCAUGUUGGUGGAAGAUUGAAACAAAUUGAUUCUGGACCCCCAGGCAUUGUGUGUGGUGUGAACAAAAAUAAUGAUAUCUACUGCAGGAAAGGAAUAAGUCCAACCAGAUCUAGUGGUUCUGGAUGGAUUAGAGUACCUGGAAAACUUAAGUACAUUUCCUGUGGUGCUCUUGGACACUGGGGUGUGAAUAAAGCUAACAAUGUAUACUUCAGGUAUGGUGUCAUUGCUGGAAGACCUCAGGGAACAAAAUGGAAACAUGUCCCUGGAAAGUUACACCAAAUCGAGACUGGUCCAAAUGGUGCUGUAUGGGGAGUUAACAUUAUAACAGGAAUUUACACCCGCUUGGGUAUCUCUCGUUUCAAUCCAGUUGGAAAAAGAUGGAAGCGCUUUGGUAAGAAGAGGCUUGUCAGUAUAUCAGUUGGUCUUGGUAAGCUGUAUGGUGUGGAUAAAAAGGGUAGACCUUUCUCUGGAGAGGCAUCGACAUUUGUUGGAAAGAAUGGCCUACCUAAACGGCCAACAGGAAGCAAAUGGGCAAGGUUGCCUGGUGUAUUUAAACAGAUUGACACAACUUACUCCACAUGGGCUGUUGAUGCAGGAAAAGUUAUCUACUCACUUUUCCGUGGCAAAUGGAAGAGAGUGUCAGGUAGACUAAAUCAUGUGUCAGCGGGACCUUCUGGUGUCUGGGGUAUCAGUGGAAGCAGUAUUUGGUAUCGAGUCAAGGGAAGAAGACGUCCACUGGGCAUAAAAUGGAAGAGAGUUCCAGGUGGACUGAAACAAAUAGAUUCAGGACCAAGAGGAAUUGUUUGUGGUGUAAACAGUGCAAACAACAUCUAUUGUCGCCUUCAGAUUACAAGAAGUAUACCAUAUGGAAGACGUUGGAUAAAUGUUCCUGGCAAACUUAAAUAUAUCUCUUGUGGUUCAUAUGGACACUGGGGUGUAAACAAAGCUAAUCAUAUCUUCUUUAGACAAGGUGUAAGCAGAAGUCGGCCCCAAGGUUGGCGUUGGAUGAGAAUACCAGGAUUACUGAACCAGAUAGAAAGUGGUCUUAAUGGUCAGGUGGUUGGUAUAAACAGACGAGGGCAAAUGUAUGUUAGAACCGGGAUUACACAACGACAACCUCAAGGUAGAGGUUGGAAGUUGAUCCCUGGUGUAAAACGCUGGUCACAUGUUUCUAUUGGCAGAAAGAUGUUCGCUUUAGACACAUUCAAGGCUGCAUACAGAAGUACCUUGACUGCUAUUGCAGGCAUUGCUCCUAAAAUUCCUAAACGAGAUCAAAGAUGGCGAGUUGUCCCUGGUCGAAAGAUGACGCAAAUUGAUUCUGGAAUUACAGUUACCCCUUGGGGUGUGGAUGGAAAUGAUGUUAUAUACUCAAUUGAUAAUGGCAAAGUUCGAAAAGUUCCUGGAAAAUUGAUCCACAUCUCUUCAGGUGAAUCUGGAGUCUGGGGUGUAAAUAGGGGAAACAAUAUUUACUUCCGUAGGGGUGUCACUGCAAAGCGUAAGAGAGGAUCUAUGUGGAAACACAUUGGAGGAAAGUUAAAACAAAUAGAUUCUGGUCCAUUUGGAAUUGUCUGUGGUGUAAAUAGAGGUGAUCAAAUCUACUGUCGUCGUGGAAUAACCCCUAAAGUACGUACAGGACGAAACUGGAUUCAUGUACCUGGUAGACUGAUGUAUAUCUCUUGUGGUCUCUAUGGACAUUGGGGUGUAAACAAGGCCUGGAAUAUAUAUUUCCGAUAUGGGGUGAAGCCCACCAGACCACAAGGUACACGAUGGAAACAUGUUUCUGGUAAGUUAGCUCAGAUUGAGUCCGGACCAAAUGGAGCUGUAUAUGGUGUAAACAUUGAUGGAAUUCUCUUCACCCGUCGGGGUAUAUCUAAACGAAACCCAAUUGGUGGAUCCUGGAGACGUGUGGGUAGAACUCCAAUGGCAAGUGUCUCUGUUGGCCUGGGUGUCAUUUUUGCUAUAAACAAAAAGGGUAGGCCUGUGUAUGGAGAAGUUUCCAAGUUCCUGGGACCAAAAGGAUUACCGAAAAAGCCUGGUAAACCGGUUAGACUGUACAUCAGAAGCGAGGGAUGCAAAGACAAAGGCAGAUACCGUGGAUGUGGACGUGCAAUAAUUAGAGUCAAUGGGAAAGACUACUCGAAACAUGGCCGAGGAUACAAUGUUGUUGUUCUUAAUGCUGUCACAGGGAAAGUUAUCAGGCGUAGAUCAUUCGAUACUCAUGCAAAUAAACGAAACACUCAACUAAUGAUUCAAUUCUUAAAUAGAUUGCGGAGAAAACCACGCAAAAUAUUUCUGGUGGCAAUACAAGAUGAAGCUAAACGACGUAUGACUCCUGCUGGUUAUUCAGCUCUUCUCAGGAUUGGUGCUAAAAAACCUUUAAAAGAAAGUUACCGUGGUUCAUUUGCAUUGAUUGGGUAUUCUGGCAAACAAAAACCUUCAUAUGUGCAACAGGUUGGAAAUCUUCAGGCCAAAGGACCUAGUGUAAUAAAGAUAACAUUGUAUUUGAAAGGACGUAAACCAUCCAAAGACAAGCAUGACAAAGGAUGGAACAGACUAAGAAAACGUUUCUCAGUUGUUGAUUCUGGAAUCACCAAGCGUGUUUGGGCUGUCAAUAGACGUGGUUUAAUCUUUAAGUUUGUUAAGGGCAAAUGGCGCAAAGUUGGAGGGCGAUUAAAGCACAUUUCAUCAGGUCAAGCAGGUGUAUGGGGUGUAAGUAGCAAUGGUAAUGUUUACAAUCGUGGAAAGAGAAGAUGGUUCCGUGUGCCUGGCAAAUUGAAACAGAUUGAUUCAGGACCAAGAGGAAUUGUCUGUGGUGUGAACAAAAAUGAUGAUAUCUACUGCAGGGUCCAAAUCACUUAUCGCUCUCGAAGAGGCAGGCGAUGGGCUCGUAUUCCUGGUAAAUUAAAGUACAUCUCUUGUGGUGAAUAUGGAUACUGGGGUGUGAACAAAGCUAACAGCAUAUACUUCAGAGAAGGAGUAUCGAGAAGCAAUCCUGCUGGGUUAAAAUGGAGACAUAUCCCUGGGAAGUUGAGUCAACUUGAAGCUGGGCAAUAUGGCCAAGUCUGGGGUGUUAUGCGUGGAAAUAUAUAUGUACGUACUGGCAUCACUGAACAAACACCAUGGGGUCGUGGAUGGAAGAGAGUGAGGACCAAGAAAAAAUGGCGUAGUAUCACAAUUGGAAUUGGUACUGUCUAUGGUGUGGCAAGAAAUGGAAGGGUAUACAGAACUAUACCUCCAACUGGUGGUGUAACCCCUCGCCCACCAGCGAAAGAUGGCCGAUGGGCUAAUAUGAGAGGAGUAAUCACUCAAAUAGACUCUGGUAUUACACCCUCUGUAUGGGGUGUUGAUCCUCAAGACAAUGUUUACACUAGAAAAAAUGGUAACUGGAAAAAGAUACCAGGGUUGUUAACCCACAUAUCAACUGGUGCUGCUGGAACGUGGGGAUCAAAUCGUGGUUAUGCAAUUUACUACUACACUGGAAAACGUUGGCUUCAUGUUGGUGGUAGAUUGAAACAGAUUGAUUCUGGACCCCCAGGCAUUGUGUGUGGUGUGAACAAGAAUGAUGACAUCUACUGCAGGAAGGGGAUUAGUCCUUCAAAACGAAGUGGUACUGGUUGGAUUAGAGUCCCUGGAAAAUUAAAGUACAUUUCUUGUGGUGCUCUUGGCCACUGGGGUGUGAAUAAGGCUAACAACAUAUACUACAGAUAUGGAGUAACUGCUGGAAAACCACAAGGAGCUAGAUGGAAACAUGUCCCUGGAAAGUUACACCAAGUCGAGAGUGGCCCAGAUGGUGCUGUGUGGGGUGUCAACAUUGUUACAGGAGUUUACACACGUUUAGGAAUUUCACGUGCUAAUCCAGUUGGAAGUAGAUGGAAGCGUUUUGCAAAGAAGAAGCUUGUCAGUAUCUCGGUGGGUCUUGGGAAGUUGUACGGAGUUGAUAGAAAAGGCAAACCUUUCUCAGGAGAAGCCUCUGCAUUUGUUGGGAAAAAAGGCCUCCCUAAGAAGCAAACAACUGCCAAAGUAUGGAAGAGUAUGAAACAAGCAUUUGCACAAGUUGAUUCUGGAAAAACAACCUGGGCUUGUACAAAGGGAAAUUCCUUAUAUGCCCUCAAUAAAGGCAAAUGGAGGAGAUUGGGAAGCAGUAAUCAUGUAACAUCUGGUGAUGCUGGUGUGUGGACAAUUUAUCGCUAUCAAAUUUACUUUAGGCGUGGGGUAAAGAAGAACCGUCGAUUAGGGACAAGUUGGAAGAGAAUCUCAGGAAGAUUGAGACAGAUUGACUCUGGACCAAAGGGUAUUGUAUGUGGUGUGAAUACCAAUCACAAUAUAUACUGCCGUGGUGGUAUUUACUCCAGAGCACCAUGGGGUAGGCGUUGGAUACACAUUCCUGGAAAGUUGAAAUACAUCUCAUGUGGUGAUUAUGGUCAAUGGGGUGUGUCACCUAGCGGUCAAAUUUUCUUCAGAAUUGGUGUUAGUAGAAGUAGAGUCGCUGGCAUAAGAUGGAAGCGUGUGUCUGGACGUCUGACCCAGAUUGAUGCGGGUCAGUAUGGUCAAGUUGUUGGUGUUAAUGCACAGAAGCAAAUGUUUGUUCGAACUGGUAUCACAGAGCGUAGGCCAUGGGGUACUGGAUGGAGAAAAGUGAAAAGUACUAACACAUGGUCCCAUGUCACAGUUGGUAAAGGAGUCCUAUUAGCUUUAAGUGCACGAAAGUCACUUUAUCGAAGUAACCUGCUAGCUGUUAGUGGUGUCCGGCCAAAGCCACCAGCGAGGGAUGGUAAAUGGCAAGUGAUUAGUAAAGUGAUGUCACAAAUCGACUCUGGAUAUACCAAAAGUGCAUGGGGGGUAGAUCCAAACAACUAUGUUUACGCUCUUGCAAAUGGAAAGCGCAAAAGAAUUGGAAGUGGUUGCAGUCAUGUAUCUGCUGGCGGGUCUGGUGUCUGGAGCAUCUAUGGAGGCAGCAGAAUUUACUUCCGUCGAGGGAUUAGUAAUCGUAACAAGUUUGGUAGCUCAAAUAAACGUAUACCAGGAGGGUUAAAACAAAUUGAUUCAGGACCAUUUGGCUAUGUCUGUGGUGUUAACUCUGCAAACAAUAUUUAUUGUCGAAAAGGCAUCACUAGGCAAAGGCGAUAUGGCACUAGCUGGAUUCAUGUUCCGGGAAAACUUGUUUACAUUUCUUGUGGCAAGUUUGGACAUUGGGGUGUGAACAAAGCACAAAAUAUCUAUUUCCGAAAAGGUGUCAGAAGAAAUAGGCCGCAGGGCACCCAAUGGCAACAUAUUCCAGGCAAACUGAUACAGAUUGAAUCUGGUCCAGAUGGUGCUGUAUGGGGUGUUGAUCCAACAGGUCGAAUGUAUACUCGAUUGGGAAUUUCUCGCAAGAAACCAGCUGGUAUUUCCUGGAUGGGUGUUGGAAAGAAGUCGUUUGCAAGCAUAUCUGUUGGUCUUGGAUUUGUGUAUGGAAUUGAUCGAAAAGGCCUUCCUGUUAUUGCUGAUGUACAAAAAUUGCUUGGAAAAGGAGGACUUCCAAUGAAGCCAAGACCAGAACCAAAAGACAAAGGAUGGAGCAAAUCAAGAAAACGGUUCACAGUUAUUGACUCAGGAAUUACUAGGCGUGUUUGGGCUGUCAAUGAACGUGACAUGAUCUUUAAACUUGCUAAAGGCAAAUGGCACAAAGUUGGAGGACGAUUAAGACAUAUUUCAUCAGGUCAAGCAGGUGUAUGGGGUGUAAGUGGCAAUGGUAAUGUUUACAAUCGUGGAAAGAGAAGAUGGUUCCGUGUACCUGGCAAAUUGAAACAGAUUGAUUCAGGACCAAAAGGAAUUGUCUGUGGUGUGAACAAAAAUGAUGAUAUCUACUGCAGGGUCCAAAUCACUUAUCGCUCUCGAAGAGGCAGACGAUGGGCUCGUAUUCCUGGUAAAUUAAAGUACAUCUCUUGUGGUGAAUAUGGAUACUGGGGUGUGAACAAAGCUAACAACAUAUACUUCAGAGAAGGAGUAUCGAGAAGCAAUCCUGCAGGGUUGAAAUGGAGACGUAUCCCUGGGAAGUUGAAUCAACUUGAAGCUGGGCAAUAUGGCCAAGUCUGGGGUGUUAUGCAUGGAAAUAUAUAUCUUCGCACUGGUAUCACUGAACAAACACCAUGGGGUCGUGGAUGGAAGAGAGUGAGGACCAAGAAAAAAUGGAGCCGUAUCACAAUCGGAAUUGGCACAGUAUUUGGUGUGGGAAAAAAUGGAAGGAUUUAUCGAACAAUUCCAGCAACAGGAGGUGUCACACCACGUCGCCCAUCAAAAGAUGCUAGAUGGUCAAAGAUGGGUGGUGUCAUUGCACAGGCUGACACUGGUAUCACUCCAUACACUUGGGGAGUUGAUCCUGAUGAUAGUAUUUACACUCGACAUAAUGGUAACUGGAAAAAGAUACCCGGCAAGUUGAUUCAUGUUUCUGCUGGCCAGGCUGGUGUGUGGGGUGUAAACCGUGGAAAUCUGAUUUACUUCCGCAACAACAUUGAUCCAAGGAAUCCAAUUGGGAGAUCAUGGAGAAGAGUUCCUGGGAAGUUAAAACAGAUUGAUUCAGGACCCAAUAGAAUCGUGUGUGGUGUGAAUAAAGCAGAUGAUAUCUAUUGCAGAACUGGUAUCACAACUGCAAUUCCUUAUGGCAAAAGUUGGCUCAGAGUUCCUGGAAAGCUGAAGUACAUCUCUUGUGGUGCUUUUGGACACUGGGGUGUCAACAAAAACAAUGAUAUAUUCUUCAGAUAUGGAGUCUCUCCUGGAAAACCACAGGGAGCAAAGUGGAAACAUGUACCUGGCAAGUUACAUCAAAUUGAAUCUGGUCUUGAUGGUGCUGUAUGGGGUGUGAAUAUUAUCUCUGGAGUUUUCACUCGCAUUGGUGUUACACAAGUGAAUCCUGUGGGAAAGAAAUGGAAGAGAUUUACUAAAAAGAAACUGGCAAUAAUCUCAGUUGGUGCUGGAACUCUGGUGGCAGUUGACAGGAAGGGAAAACCACUAUCAGCAGAAGCAUCUUCAUUUGUUGGUCCAAAUGGUCUUCCAAAGAAGCCAGCAGGCACUACAUGGAAAAAAAUGAAGAAAAUGUUCAAACAAAUUGACACACGAACUUCCACAUGGGCUGUUGAUGCAAGGAACGGUAUUUAUGCUCUUAACAAUGGAAAAUGGAAGAAGGUUGCAGGAAAAUUGAACCACAUAUCGUCUGGGAAAGCAGGUGUUUGGGGAAUCAUGGGAAAUGCUAUUUACUACAGAGUAAAAGUUAGCAAAAAACGCCCACUUGGUGUUAGAUGGAAGCGAAUUCCUGGUGGUUUGAAGCAGAUAGAUUCUGGACCAAAGGGUAUUGUAUGUGGUGUUAACAGUGGAGGGGCAAUCUAUUGCAGAAUGCGCAUCACCAAAUAUCGACCAUUUGGACGUUACUGGAAGCGCAUGUCGGGAAGGUUGAGUUACAUUUCAUGUGGUGACUAUGGGCACUGGGGUGUAAACACAGCUAAUCUAAUCUACUUCAGAGAAGGAGUUACACGGAGCAGACCCUUAGGAUAUAAGUGGAAGAGAAUACCUGGGGCCUUGACCCAAAUUGAUUCUGGCCAGUUUGGUCAAGUGGUAGGCGUGAAUAGACAAGGACAGAUGUAUGUUCGUGUUGGUAUAACACAAAGACUUCCAUUUGGUAAAUCAUGGAAAAUGGUUCCUGGUGUAACUAUUUUCUCCCAUUCCACCAUUGGAAGAGGCAUUGUAUUCGCGGUUGAUUCUACCCAAAAAAUAUAUCGGGCUUCACUGGCUGCAAUUGGUGGUGUUACUCCAAAACUACCUGUAAGAGAUGGCAAAUGGCAACGCAUUGGUAAAGUUCUUGCACAAAUUGAUUCCGGAAUGACUGAUACACCCUGGGGUGUUGAUCCCAGUGAUAAUAUAUAUGCUAUACAGAAAGGAAAUGUUCGAAAAGUUGGUGGGAGAUUGAUGCAUGUUUCAUCUGGCGAAGCUGGUGUUUGGGGUGUGAGCCGAAAUAAGAAUAUUUACAUACGCAUAGGAAUUACUUUGAAACGAAAAACUGGACAGUCCUGGAAGCGAAUCAGUGGGCAUUUGGUCCAGAUAGAUUCUGGUCCAUAUGGUAUAGUCUGUGGUAUUAGCAGUUCUGGUGUACCUUACUGUAGAAUAGGUAUUUCACGCAAACGACCUUAUGGUAUUCGUUGGCAACGUGUUCCUGGUAAACUUAUCUACAUCUCCUGUGGUCGAUAUGGACAUUGGGGCGUUAAUCGUGGGCAUGAUAUCUUCUUUAGACAUGGAGUAAAUAGGAAGAAGCCAUAUGGAACAAAGUGGCAAAAGGUGCCCGGUAAAUUGACCCAAAUUGAGUCUGGUCCAGACGGCGCUGUUUUUGGUGUGACAUUCCGAGGUAUUGUGUACACUCGCCGAGGAAUUACUAAAAAAAAUCCAACUGGUACAGCAUGGAGACCUGUAGGAAAGAAACUUAUGUCUAGUAUAUCUGUUGGUCUUGGCUUUGUAUAUGCUGUGGGGCGACGUGGGGCACCAUUUUCUAGUGAUGUUGCCAAAUUGGUUGGCCCGGCAGGCAUUCCUAGAAAACCAGGAAAACCAGUGGUACCAAAGCCAGAUCGUGGCUGGACAAAAAUGAAGAGAAAGUUCACUGUUAUUGAUACUGGUAUAACUCGAACACCUUGGGCUGUGAACAAACGUGGAAAUAUAUUUACUCUUCUCAAAGGAAAAUGGAUUCAAGUGCCAGGUGGAUUAAGCCACAUAUCAUCAGGCAAGGCUGGUGUUUGGGGUGUCAACAGUGCUGGAAAUAUAUAUUAUCGUACAGGAGUUACUUCUAAGAACCGAAAGGGUGUCACUUGGGCACAAGUACCUGGUAAAUUGAAGCAGAUUGAUUCUGGACCCAAAGGAGUUGUCUGUGGUGUAAAUGCUCUCGGCAAUAUUUUCUGCAGAAUGCAAAUAACAGUAAGAACACCAUCAGGAAGAAGGUGGGCUAAAAUACCUGGUAAACUCAAGUAUAUAUCCUGUGGAGACUAUGGUCAGUGGGGAGUAAACAAGGCUGGUCAGAUCUAUUUUAGAGUUGGCUAUUCUAGGGUCAAUUCUCUUGGCUGGAGUUGGAAACGGCUCCCUGGAAGAUUGACUCAGAUAGAGGCUGGAAAGUAUGGCCAGGUUUGGGGUGUAAACAGUGCUGGACUGCUGUUUGUCAGAACUGGUGUAUCUCAACAAAUACCAUGGGGCAAAAGUUGGAAAAGAAUAAAGACAAGGAAAAUGUAUAAGCAUGUUACUAUAGGGAUAGGAGCUGUCUUUGGUGUAUCUAAGAGGGGCAUUGUUUACCGCACUACACCAGCUACUGCAGGUAUUACUUCUCAUCCACCGAAAAAAGAUGGCAGAUGGACAAAGAAUAGGAAACCACUGAUUCAAAUUGACACUGGUCUUACUCCAGCUGUCUGGGGGAUUGAUCGUAGCAAGAAAGUAUACACAAUUGUUGAUGGUAGUUUCAAGAAGAUCUCAGGAACCAACUUCAAGCAUGUAACAUCUGGAGCUGCAGGCAUAUGGGCUAUCAACAGUGGUGAUUUCAUAUUCUUCCGUACUGGGGUUAGUCCUGGAAGUCUGACUGGACGAACCUGGCAACGGAUUCCUGGUUUACUUAAACAGAUUGAUUCUGGACCAUCUAAAAUUGUCUGUGGUGUAAAUAAAGUGAAUAUGGUUUAUUGUAGAAAGGGCAUUUCACCAGUAAAACCAUCAGGUUCAGGAUGGAUAAAACUUGAUGGUAAACUGAAAUAUAUAUCCUGUGGUGCCUUUGGUCAUUGGGCUGUUGAUCAAAACAAUCAAGUCAGAUUCAGACAGGGUGUUAAAUCAAAUAAACCACAUGGCACGAAAUGGACAACCAUUGGAAGAAUUAAAGUGCACCAAAUUGAAUCAGGUCCCGAUGGUGCUGUGUGGGCUGUUCAUAUUUAUAAGGGGGUGUAUACUCGCUUAGGUAUCAAGCCAACAAGUCCAACUGGAAUGAAAUGGAAACGUUUUAAAAAAAUGAAGCUUGUGAGUAUUUCUGUUGGACCUGGAACCUUGUAUGGUAUUGACAGGAAUGGAAAAUCUUUCACAGGGGAGGCAUCAUCUUUUGUUGGUAAAAAGGGUCUUCCAAGGAAACCACCAGGGACUAAAUGGGCUAAAUUGAAGCUGAAAUUUAAACAAAUUGACACAUGGAAAACAACAUGGGCUGUUGAUCAAUCAAAUGGUAUCUUUGGUUUAAACAGAGGUAAAUGGAAGAAGGUUCCAGGUGGAUUGAACCACAUAUCAUCUGGUAAAGCUGGUGUUUGGGGUGUUAUGGGAAGUGCAAUAUACUAUCGAGUUGGUGUAAGCAGAAAACUACCUCUUGGCAGAACAUGGAAGAGAGUACCAGGUGGAUUAAAACAGAUAGACUCUGGACCUAAGGGUAUUGUAUGUGGUGUGAACAGUGGUAAUAAUAUCUAUUGCCGAGUUAAGAUUUCACGAGGUGUUCCAUAUGGUACAAGAUGGGUGCAUGUUCCUGGUAAACUGAAAUACAUUUCAUGUGGUGAUUAUGGGCACUGGGGUGUCAGCAAAAACAACUACAUCUAUUUCAGACAAGGUGUCAGCAGAAAUAGGCCAGAAGGAAUAAAAUGGAAACGGAUUCCAGGUAUUUUGACUGAGGUGGAAGCUGGGCAAUUUGGUCAGGUUGUGGGUGUAAACCCAAAAGGUCAGAUGUAUGUUCGUACUGGUGUUACUGAGCAAAGACCAUUUGGAAGAGGUUGGAAGCGAGUUUCAGGAUUGAAGUUGUUUGUUCAUGCUACAGUUGGUCGAGGUGUUGUUUUUGGUGUUGAUUCCUUCAAGAAUAUUUAUAGAGGAACCAUAGCAGCAGUGGGAGGCAUUGUUCCAAAGCCACCCACAACUGAUGGGAGAUGGCAGCCUGUUGGAAAAGUGCUUGGUCAAAUAGAUGCUGGCUUGACUAAGACUCCUUGGACUGUGGAUCCUAAUGAUAAUGUCUUCUCACUACAAAAUGGGAAACUGAAAAAGAUUCCCGGAAAAUUGACCCAUGUUUCUUCUGGGCAAUCUGGUGUGUGGGGUGUAAACCGUGCCGAAAAUAUCUACUUCCGUAAGGGUAUAACUAAACGCAAGAGUGGAAUAGCAUGGGCUCAAAUUCCUGGUAAAUUGAAACAGAUAGACUCAGGACCAUCAGGAAUAGUGUGUGGUGUGAAUCGUGCUGAUAACAUUUACUGUAGAACUGGCAUUACUCCAAAACUCCGUCCUGGCAAAAGCUGGAUCAGAUUGCCAGGAAAACUCAGUUACAUUUCAUGUGGUGAAUACGGACACUGGGGUGUAAACAAAUUGCGAAAUGUUUACUUCAGAAAAGGCGUUACACCAAAGAAGCCACAAGGAACUAAAUGGCGAAGAGUAAAAGGCAAAAAACUGAUUCAAAUCGAGUCUGGACAAUUUGGUGCUGUGUGGGGUGUUGAUAUAAAUGGUAGAAUAUUUGUCAGAAUUGGUAUAUCUGCCAAAACUCCAUCAGGGAAAGCUUGGAAGGCAGUUGGAAAAACAAUAGUUGCUAGUGUGUCCAUAGGGCGUGGUAGGGUGUAUGCUAUUGGUCGAAAUGGUAAACCAAUUACUGGAGAUGUUGACAAAUUAAUUGGUCCAGCUCCCACACCUGGGAAUCCAGCACCACCAACACCACCUAAACCUAAACCAACCCCUAAACCAAAACCUAAGCUCCCCAAACCUCCAGCCCCUAAACCAGUUCCAUGUCCACGUCCACCAACCCCACCAAAACCUCUCCCAAUACCAAAACCAUCACCAAGACCAAUACCAAGACCACUUCCAAGACCAAGACCACGUCCAAGACCACGUCCAAGACCACGCCCAAUAAUCAGACCGAGGCCCAGACCCAUACCAAGACCCCGACCUAGACCUAUUCCUAGGCCUAGGCCAAGACCCAUUCGACCCAGACCAAGACCACCUGGUCCUGUUCCUCCACCAGCUCCACGUCCAUCUGGAACAAAUGCAAAAGCUGGCAAAGCAGAUAUCAUUUUCAUUCUUGAUUCUGCAACUGGAACUGGCAAGAAAGAGUUCAAGAUAAGCUUGGAGUUCAUGGUUGGUGUAACCAGCAACUUGGGUAUUGCUAAGAGUGGAGUGAAUGUAGGUCUUAUUGUCAUUGGUUCGAAACCCAAAAAGAUGUUUGGCUUUAGGAAAUAUCGAAAUAUACCUUCUUUGAGAAACAAAGCAUUGAAGAUUCGUUAUCGUGGAGCUGGCUUAAAGUGUAAUGCUGGGGCAGCCCUAAAAUUAGCAAAGAGUGACUUGUUCCGAAGGAGUAAGCGCAAAGAUGCAGCUAAGAUUAUUAUAACAUUGUUGUCUUCUGAGUCUGCAGAUGAUGUGUCUACACCAGCAGCUUCUCUUAAAAGUACUGGUGUUACAUCUAUUGUUAUUGGUAUGGGGCAAGGUUUCUCACAGCCUCAGGUUGAUUCAGUGGCUACCUCACCACAGCAUCAGUUAACCAACAUUGAUUACACGAAUCUGUUAGCUGCAACAUCAGUUAUUACAGACAAAGUUAAGAACGUGAUGGGGUUACCUGAUAGUGAAGGAAACACACCUACAGGCAAACCAAUUAGACCUGGAAAGCCUGGUGGGCCUCAAAGAACUAAAGCUGAUGUAGGUUUCCUGAUAUCAGGAUCAAGGAAUGUUGGUUCAACUAACUUUAAACGGCUUUUGAAAUUUGUACAGACAGUAUACCAGGGGCUUACUGUGUCUCCUGUUGAUACCCACAUUGGAUUACAAGUGUUUGCCAGUGGAGCAAGGGUUCAAUUUGAUUACAGAAAGUACAAGGAUCCAGUUAGUAUUGAUAAAGCAAUGCUCACAGUGCAAUAUCCUGGUGGUCGUGGAAAUCGAGUUGGUGGAGCUCUUCGUAAUGCAAUGAGAAGAUUGAUUGGGAGAAGCUCACGACAAAGAGCACCACAAAUUUUGAUAAUUUUCGUAACAGGUCGCUCUACUGAUCCAGUUAACCGGAUUGUGCAAAGAAUGAGAAGAAGAAUUAAUAUCAUUCCCAUUGGUGUUGGACGCAGAGCUGACAAGCGUCUUAUAAAGAAAUUGGCUUCCUCUGUAGAUAAUAGUGUGUCUGGAAUUAAUUAUAGACAACUACCAUCUGCUAGACAGAUUGUCAUUAAUUUGGUUAAAAAAAUUAUAAGUCCACCACCAAAACCUAAAAGACCUAGGCCUUUGAGACCAAAACCACGCCCUGGAAGAGCACCUAGACCCAAACCACGUCCAAGACCACUUCCUCCUCCAAUUGUGAAGCCGCCGACCAAACCUCCUGUUCUUCCUCCAGUACCAACUGGACCACCUGCUGAACCAGGCACGCCUCCACCUGGACCUCAAAAUCAUAUUUACUUUAUCACAAUCUUUACUGGCCAUCAAAAGAAAGCUGGUAGCAAGGCCAGUGCAUUUGCCAUAGUGAGUGGUGAAAAUGGUGACACUAAAGAGAUUGAACUGAAGAAGAGGGAAGGAAGAAAGAACAUUCCUCCUUUCAAGAGAGGAAGUGCUAUUGCUUUCCAAUUUGUAAAUAAUGAUUUGGGUCCAUUGAAGUCAGUCACUGUCAGGCAUGACAACAAGGGAGGAAAAGAAGCCUGGUUUAUCAAUCAGGUAACUGUAGUGGAUUACACCACUGGUGAUAACUACCAAUUCCCAGCACGGCAGUGGCUUGAUAAGCAAAGAGGUGACAAGAAACUAUCAAGGACUUUCAAUAAAGGCUUGGAAAUUACUGGUAAACAACAAGACAACUUGAACAAAUGGUGCAGAAUGAAUGUUCGAACUACUGGAGCAUCUAAAUUGGUUGCAUUGUUUGACUACAACAGAAAGAGACGUGGAAAGAAAUGGCGUUGUUACAAAAAGAGAGCUCUCAAUCCUGAAGGAACUGCGUAUAAUGUACAAAAGAAAAGUAAAGAAUACUUUACUAGGCACAAGAAGCUUACUGAGCUUUUAGGACGAUUAAGAAAACAAACCCCAACUAAGAAAAAAGAAAAAGUUCAACCUGGAGUACGUAUGGAAACAUGGAAAAAUAUCCGUGGUAACAGAUUAUCUAAUCUCCAAGCUGAUAAUCGCUUCCCUAACAAACCUGAUGAACAAUCAACCCUGAAAACAUUUGAUAUUGGAAAGAAUCGUUUUGACAACUAUGGCGUGCGAGUCUCUGGAUUCUUCAGGCCUCCAAUCAGUGGUUUUUAUAUAUUCUACCUUGCAAGCGAUGAUGAAGGUGAAUUCUGGUUAAGCACUGAUGAGGACAAGGGAAAUGCACGGAAAUUAGCAGAAUUAAAGGAAACAAAGAAAACUGGUCAUACUGGUUAUCAACAGUGGAAUAAAUAUCCAAAUGAUCAGGUAACAGAGAAAGUCUGGCUUGUAGCAGGAAAAUCCUACUACAUAAAGGCACUUAUGAAAGAAGGCGGUGGAGGUGAUCAUCUAAGCAUUGGUGUACGUUAUCCUGGUGGCAAAUUUGACAGACCCAUUAGCAAGAACAUUUUCCUGGCUCCUGUCCCUGCUGGAGUAGUUUUACCAGGCACUGAAACCCCAGGAGCCCCAAGUACCCCAGGAACAACAACAACUACACCUGGAAGUGGUGGUGCAGCACAACCUAGUACCCCUGGUGGUGCUCCUGGCCAACCAGCAGAACCAACUGCUAAAAAUGGUGUUACAUAUGAGUUAUGGCAAAACAUUGGAACAAACUUUAUUGCCAAACUGAAAGAGGACCCAAGAUUCCCAAGCAAUCCUGAUAAAAUGGAAGUUCUACCUAACUUUGAGUCUGCCAAAAAUUUUGCUGAUAACUAUGGUGCUCGUUUGACAACCUACUUUAGGGCCCCAUUGACUGGCACUUACACCUUUUAUUUGGCUGGAGAUGAUCAGUGUGAGUUGUGGAUAAGUAGUGAUGAUGCUGAAGUUAAUGCCAGACGUAUCCUGGCCUUCGCACCAAAUCAAUGGACUAAUCCAAAUCAAUUCAACAAGUUCCCAGCUAAUCAAGUAUCUGGACCAAUCAAACUAGAAAAAGGACGUGCAUACUUCAUGCAGGCCUUUGUUAAAGAAGGAGGUGGAGGAGAUCACAUCAGUGUGGGAGUAAAGCUUCCAAAUAAGAAAAUGGAGAGACCAAUUCGAAACACUAACUUGUUUAUUGGACCCAAUGUUCCUGCAUUACCACCAAAGGGCACUCCUGCUGCACCAGCCCCAGGCACACCUGGUGCUGGACCUCAGGAUGUUACAGCUAUUAUAAACUGUGAUGAUAGAAUGGAGCUUUAUGCAGAUGGUGUUCAAAUUGGAAAAGACAAUGGCAAAUGGUUUAUGAGUAAAAUCUAUAAACUUCCAGCUACCACUAAGGUUGUUGCUAUCCAUGGUUUCAACAUUGGUGGCCCUGCUGGCAUAAUUGGAUCAUUUAGCACAGGACUUGUUACUGAUGAAACCUGGCGUUGUACCAACAAGAAAUAUCCAAAAUGGCAAUCUCCUGCAUUUGAUGAUAGUGCUUGGCCAGGUGCUGAAGUUGUGAAAAGAAAUGACAAAAUCAAAGGACCGUCUAUUGCCAAAGAGGCAAAAUGGAUAUGGACUUCAAGAAAUACUGAUCUCAAUGUUUAUUGUAGAAAUACUCUUGUUAAACCACCACCACCUCAGACCACAACAGGCAACCAACCAGUUGCCCGACCAGGUGUUACUAUGGAAAUUUGGAAAAACAUCCCUGGAAACAAUGUUUAUCAAUUGAAGGAAAAUCCACGUUUCCCAAGCAAACCGGACACUUCCUCAGUUAUCCCAAACAUGGCAACACCAGUGAAUAAAAUGGACAACUUUGGUAUUCGAUUGACUGCAUACUUUAAGGCUCCAGAAUCAGGAGGAUAUAUUUUCUCAAUUGCUGGAGAUAAUCAAUGUGAAUUCUGGCUCAGUACAGAUGAAACACCAACAAAUGCUAAAUAUCUUAUGGGAACUGCUGCUAAUACAUGGACAAAUCCUAAUCAGUUCAACAAAUACCCAAAGAAACAAGUAUCAAAACCAGUUCAACUCCAACAAGGCAAAGUAUACUUCAUGCAAGCCAUUGCAAAAGAAGGUGGUGGAGGUGACCAUUUAUCUGUGAAGGUUAAACUUCCUUCUGGAGCAGAAAAAAUGCCUUUGGGUGGGAAGGAUGUUUACACUGGAGUGCCACCCCCACCUACUACACCUGGUGGAAAACCAGUUACUCCUCCAGCACCAUCGCUACCUGAACGUGGAGUUACUAUGGAAAUAUAUAACAACAUUCCUGGAAUGACUUUGGAUCGUUUGUUGUACAAUAAGAAGUUCCGAUCAAAAACACCGGACUCAAGUCAGAAACUACCAGGCCUUGUUUCACCCAUGAAUGUGGCAGAUAAUUAUGGAUUGCGUCUGACUACUUUCUAUGUGGCACCAGAAACAGGGAAAUAUACCUUCUAUGUUGCUGGGGAUGAUCAAUGUCGAUUGUCAAUCAGUAAUGAUGAUGAUCCUAAGCACUUAAAGACUAUCAUUAGAUUCAAGAAUGGAUUGUGGACACGGCCAAACCAAUGGGACAAACAUCCAUCACAAAGAUCAGCUCCAAUCAACUUGUCUAGAGGUCAGGUGUAUUACAUCGAAGCCUUGAUGAAAGAAGGGGGAGGUGGAGAUCACAUUAGUGUUGGAGUAAAACUACCAAGUGGUUUCUUACAAAGACCUAUUUCAAACAAUGAUGUCUAUAUUAAACCACCAGGUCCUAUUGGUGUCACACCUUCAACACCUGAGAGUGGAGUCACUAUGGAAGUCUAUAAGAAUAUACCAGGAAACACUCUUUCCAGUCUUACCACAAACCCAAAAUAUCCAAGUAAGCCGGAUGUAACAACCAAAAUUAAGAAAUUGAAAACCCCACAAAAUGCAGGUGAUUUGUAUGGAGUACGUCUAACAACAUAUUAUGUGGCUCCAAGAUCAGGCACAUAUGUUUUCUAUGUCUCUGGUGAUGAUCAGUGUAAACUGUCUCUGAGUACAGACAACAAACCAGAACACCUGAAGGAAAUUGUUCGCUUCCCAAAGAACCUCUGGACUAAUCGUAACCAAUGGAACAAGCAUCAAAAACAAAAAUCAAGACCAGUCUAUUUGUCAAAGGGCAAAGCAUAUUACCUAGAGGCUGUCAUGAAGGAAGGCAAAGGUGGUGAUCAUCUUAGUGUUGGGGUAAAACUUCCUGGGAGGAAAAGGCCAAGACCAAUAUCUAAAGAAGAUGUUUAUGUUAAACCACCAGCACCAGGAACUGCUGUUGUUGGAGGCAAAGGAAUACCUGAAAAUGGUGUGACUUUUGCAAAAUGGAGAAACAUUCCUGGUAAAGCUCUCUCAAAACUCUUCACUGAUCCACGUUUCCCCAACAAACCUGACACUUCAAAGAAGAUUGGUCGCCUUUCUAUCAGACCAAACCAAGGAGAUCGCUUUGGUGUGAGACUAACAACUUACUAUGUGGCUCCUUCAACAGGAAAAUAUGUGUUCUAUGUUGCUGGUGAUAAUCAAUGUCAGUUAUCACUUAGUAGUGACGAGAAACCCGAAAACCUUAAGAUUCUUGUGUUAUUCCCCAAAGAUCGGUGGACUCGACCCAAGAGCUUUAAACAGUAUUCAUGGCAGAAAUCCAGACCUGUGAGGCUUGAGCGUGGAGGAGUUUACUACUUGGAAGCUUUAAUGAAGGAGGAUAUUGGAGGAGAUCAUCUUAGCAUCGCUGUCAAGCAACCAAGGAGAAGAGGGCCAAGAAUCAUCCCUAAAAGAGACUUGUAUGUAAAGCCACCAGCACCAACCAAUCCCACUGCACCUCCAGGAAUACCUGUUCCAGAAAAUGGAGUUAAUGUACAAAUGUGGUUCAAUAUUCCUGGAACUAAUCUAAAUACUCUUAUCACAAACCCUCGCUAUCCUGGGAAACCUGAUGUUUCUAGAAAAACACUAGGCCUUGAAACUCAAGAAAAUAUUGAUGAUAAUUAUGGAGUACGAUUAACAACCUAUUUCAUGCCACCUAAAUCGGGAUCCUAUGUAUUCUAUAUCGCUGGUGAUGAUCAAACUAAACUAUCAUUAAGCACAGACAACAAACCAGAGAAUCUGCGUCAAAUAAUCUUUAAUAAGAAGUGGACUGGGAGAAGACAAUACAGAAAAUAUCCAUCACAAAAAUCAUCCAAGAUCCAGCUUCAACAAGGCAGCUUCUACUUCAUGGAGGCAUUAAUGAAAGAAGGUGGAGGAGGUGACCAUCUAAGUGUUGCUGUCAAACAGCCUCGUGGGUAUGGACCAAAACCCAUAUCCAAGAAUUAUCUCUAUGCCAAACUACCUGGCCCAACAACACCUGAAACUGGUGGUGGAGGAGGAACACCUACAACUACUCCUGUUGAAGAGCCUCCAGCAAAACGAGGUGUGAACUUUGAUAUCUGGGAAAAUAUACCAGGCAAUGACUUGAAGUUACUCUUCAAAGAUAAGCGUUACCCUGAUAAUCCAGACAAGACUCAGGCAUUACCUUCAUUCAGCACACCACAGAAUCGUGGAGAUAAUUAUGGUGCAAGAGUAACAGGAUAUUAUCAGGCACCACAAACUGGAGACUACAGAUUCUAUAUUGCCUCAGAUGAUUCUUCUGAAUUGCGACUUAGUACAGAUGACACAAAAGUUAAUGCAAGAAGAAUUGCAGGGGUCAAAGGCCAUACAAGUCCCAGACAAUGGAAUAAAUAUAAAAAACAGCAAAGAUCUAAACCAAUCGGUCUGGAAAAGGGAAGAGUUUAUUACAUGGAGGCAUAUCUCAAAGAAGGUGGUGGUGGUGAUCACCUAACUGUGCGUGUGAAACUGCCUUCAGGAAGUACACAAACACCUUUGAUGAAAAAUCUUUACACCAAGUCACCAGUUCCUCCAAAACCUGGCCGACCAUUCCCAUCGUGGCCUGAUGACUUCCGUUGGAAUAAUGCCGGACCAAUACAGAACUAUCGUUGUGUACAGAUAUCAGAGCCUGCUGACAAACAUACAUGGCAAGAUAACUUCUUCUGUUCUUCUGGUGACAAGAAGGAUCCUGGAAUAAAGUGGAGUUUUGCAGGUCCAAAGAAUGGAAUGAAAUGUAUACAGGUCAAAGAACCAGCUGACCCCCAUACCUGGCAUGAUAACUAUCUCUGCCUACCUAGUGAUUCCCCACUCAAUCUUAAGUGGUCAUUUUCUGGGCCGAUUUCUGGAAAAGCUUGUAUACAGUGGUCUGAACCUGCUGAUCCACACACAUGGAACGAUAAUUAUUUGUGUGGUGACAAGUAUACACCUCCAGGGGUUCCAGCAACUCCAAGUGGCCCACCAACCACUCCAGUUAAAAAACCUGUUAGUCCAGGAGGGAAACCAGCCAUCCCAGCUACACCUGGCGCUGUUCCUGCUACACCUGGUGCUACUCCUGCCUCUCCUGGAAGUGUUCCAACCACACCUGGUGGAAGACCUGCUACCCCAGGUGGAAGACCUGCUACCCCAGGUGGAAGACCUGCUACUCCGGGUGGAAGACCUGCUACCCCAGGUGUAAAACCUGCUGUCCCAGGCACUGUCCCAGGCACUGUCCCAGGCACUGUCCCAGGCACUGUCCCAGUCACUCCAGGUGGAAAACCUGCUGUCCCAGGAACUGUGCCAACAACUCCAGGUGUCAAACCUGCUGUCCCUGCCAAACCAGUUGGUCCAGGUACUGAACCUAAACCUUCAAAAAAAUGGAAGAGAAUUCGUGGAAAACUUGAUCAAAUUGAUGGUGGUUUGAAAAAAACUGUGCUUGGUACAGACUCAAGCCAGAUUGUUCGCCGAGUUGGAAGAACAACAAACAAACUGUAUCCUAUCAAACAACCUACUCUUCUGAGACAUGUUAGCGUUGGUCAAGGAGGUGUUUGGGGUGUUAAUGCAAAUGGCCAGAUUAUGUUCUCUCAGCCCAAAAAGCCAUGGCAAAUUGUACCUGGUAUUCUUGCACAGGUAGACUCUGGACCUGCUGGCGUUGUAUAUGGUGUAACUAAAGACCACAAAAUUUUUGUCAGAGAAGGAAUAUUACCCAAUAUGCCAAUGGGAACCAUGUGGCGUAGGGUACCAGGUCGUCUGAAGUAUGCCUCCUGUGGUCUGUUUGGCUGUUGGGGUGUCAACAGAAAGAACCAUGUGUACUUUAGGGUUGGUGUGAAUGCAGUUCGUCCAGGUGGUCUCAAAUGGAUCAGGGUUGGCACAAAUGUUAAGCUUACCCAGAUUGAGGCUGGUCCAGCUGGAAUUGUGGUAGGCUUGCUUCCAGAUGGUGCUGUUGUGAUAAGAGUUGGUGUAACAAGAGAUCUACCUUAUGGAAGGUCAUGGAAAAAGUUAAGAACAUUAAAUACUCCUGUCAAACAUGUUUCAGUCUCACUGGAUAAGAUCUACAUUGUCACUCAACUUCGGGAUGUGUAUGUAAGUCUGCUAAAGAAAUCACCUGACACAAAAACACCUGCUGGACCUUUGCCACCACCAGGAACAAAACCACCACCGGAAGCAUCAAACUAUGUUGAGAUCAUUGGCAAAAUACCAAAGCGAUUGAAAGGGAAUGAGCAAAUGCCAGUCCCACCUGCUUCAGCAGCAAAAAUUAAUCUUGGUGAUGUUGAUUUCUCCAUUGCGGGUUUCAUAAACACAAAAAUAGGAGGCACUAUUAUCUCAAAAACCAUUCCAGGAAAACCAUUCCUUCCAAACAGUAAAAGUCUUUAUGUCAAUACAAAAGGCAAACUGGUGUUUGAGGUUGGACUUUCUGGAAAAGUCAAGAGUAAGACCAAGGUGAACGACGGAAAUUGGCAUGAAUUUGGUGUUGUCCAUGUGGCAAGUGAGGACAGAUUUUACAUUUAUGUUGACCAAACUCAGGAAGGUGAAAAAGAUUUCAGUGUUGCUGAGGACUUGGAUGGCAGCAUACCAAAAGUUGGGUAUACUGCUAUUGAUUUCCCUCUUGUAAAGAACUUCAAUGGUAAGCUCAAGAAGCUUCGCUACUAUCCAAGUGCAGUAUACAAGGACUUAGCUGGACGUGGUGGUCUCAAGGGUGAUGUUGCAAAGCCAGAAACAACUACUGGUGGAAAGCCAACUACGCCAACAAAGCCAAAACAACCUGCUAUCCCAGGUAAACCAGGUGUGUCUCCUCCUGGUGUUCCUGGGCUUCCACCAUGUGAAAGUUGUAAUACAGAAAAACAAGUUGCUGCCCCUCUUGAUAUGGUAUUCAUAGUUGAUGGCUCUAAAACUGUUGGUUCUCAAACAUUCAAUUUCCUCAAAAACUUUGUGAAAGAAAUCACACAUGCAUUCAUUGUCUCUACACAAGCUACGCGUGUUGGGUUUGUUCAAAUAUCAGAUUCAGGUCAUGUUGAUUUCAACCUGGAUCAAUACAAUGAAAUGCAAUCAUUGGAUAAUGCAAUUGAUAGAGUAUCCCUGAAAGCUGGUAAUAAACGAUAUGUUGGACAGAGUGUUAUGACAGCUUAUACAGCUGUUCUCCAAGUAACAGGUCGUCGAGGAUUGGUACCAAGAGUUGCCAUUGUUAUCACUACUGGCAAGGCCAUUGGUGAUGUUCAAUCUGUUGGUCAGAAUUUGAGGAAACAAAAGGUCUCUUUGUUAGUUGUGAGUGUCGGACCAAAAGUGAAGAAGCGGCAAGGAAAGCAGCUUGCGACCUCACCUAAGGAUAGCUUUAUCGUUAGAGAUGUUACCAAGUUGCCAACGCUUAUUCCAAGGGUUGUGGAUAGAGUUAACAGAGGUCUUGGUACAGUUGCUGGUAAAGUUAAACCAUCUCUACCAGGUGCCACUACAGCGGGAAAAACUCCUUUUGCUCCUGGUAUUCCAUCACCUCCAGGUUCUGGUGGUCAAGCACCUAUUACUCCAAUUGGAACAUCUGCCUCAGAUGGACCUGGUAUUAUACAUUUGUUGAUGCCAACUGUAUGCAAGGGCCCAGUGGAUAUAACGUUUGUCAUUGAUGGUUCUGCUAGUGCAGAGUACAACACUCAUGGAGGGUUUAGACGCACAUUGAAACUUGUCAAGGAGUUUGCAAACAACUAUGUUGUUGGUCCUCUGAAUACAAGAUUUGGUUUGGUUGUGUUUGCCACAGAGGCAGUCACAAUAUUCAAGUUUGAAACUCACAAAACUAAAGCAGCACUGUUAAGAGAUAUUGAUAAAAUUAAAUUCCCUGGAACAACUUCAUCCCUCGGAAAAGGACUCAAACAAGCUAAAGAUGUGGUUCUGGUAACCAGAAGGCCUAAUGUUCCUCAAAAGAUGAUUGUGAUUACAGAUGCUCUGAGUCAUGAUAAUCCAUUUAAUGCUGCUUCCCAAAUCAGAGCAAUGAAUGUGGAAAUCUUUGCUGUCACUGUUGGUAUUCGUUCAAAUAAAACUGUUCUACAGUCAGUUGUGUCUCAACCUGUCAACAAACACUUGUUUUCAUCAAAGGAUAGCUUGGAAAACCUUCUCAAUGCUAUUAAACAGGGCUCAUGCAAGGCUCCUGUGUUAGGGCCACCAACUCCUAUAUCACCAACUGGUCCAAUUACACCAGGCAGUCCAAAUGCUCAAAUUCCAGUAGAUAUUGCCUUCUUGGUGGAUGCUUCUAAAGGAGUCACUGAAAUAAACUUCAGACUUGAGGUGAAAUUUGUGACAACCAUUGUUCAAGCACUGCUUAUCUCGAAGAGAGGGAUCCAUGCUGGCUUUGCCAUCAUUUCUGGUGAUGGUCUUUUGAUUAGUGACUUCAGUUCAAACACAGACACUGCAAGCUUUCUUUCAUCUAUUCGAAAAUCACCUUACCCAGGUGAAAGUCGUCAAGCAGGAAAAGGAAUUGUACUAGUUAAGGAUAACUUGUUUGGAACAAGUGGACGUAAAGAAGCCACUAAGAUACUAGUUAUUUUACUGACUGGAAAAUCCAAAGAUGACAUCUCUGUUCCUGCUGAUCAAAUUAAAAAAGCUGGCAUAAGCAAAGUUAUUGUUGUUGGUAUUGGUCGGGUUCCUUCUGAUGACCUGAAGAAUACAGCUUCUAACCCUCAGAAUGCUUUAGUUGUCCCCUCAUAUCCACAAUUGCCUGAUAGAGUACCAGAUGUGAUUGCACUGAUUAAUGCAGCCACAGGUCAGAAAAUUGCUGAGAUACCUGUUGCACCAGCAGCACCUGGUGCAAAACCAGGAAUUCCUGGAUCCCCUGGUGCACCAGGGUCUCCAGGUGCACCAGGGUCUCCAGGUGCACCACAAGGCCCUGGUGGUCCAGGUGGCAUAGGUGGCCCUGGUGGUCCUGGUGGCCCUGGUGGACCUGGAGGACCACCAGCUACACCAGCAACUGGACAACCAGGAACACCUGGUGGUCCAGCACGAUCUCCUCUUGGACCUCCUGGUACCAAGGUUGAAGCUCCGGUGGAUAUGGUUUUUGUAAUUGAUGGAUCAACAAGUGUUGGCUUUGAUGACUUUAAGAUCUCAAUCAAAUUUAUUAUCAGUGUUAUUGAUGCAUUCCCUGUCACCCCAUGGGGUGUUCAAAUUGGUGUCGUAGUUGUUCAGCCUUCAAACCAGAUUGUGAUAGAACUUGGAAGAUAUAAAGAAAAGGCUAAUGUUGAUGCUAGUAUACGUCAAGUAAUCUAUCCCAAUGGUGAUAAUAGUGUUGGUGCAGCCCUCAAACAAGCUAAGACAGCAAUUGAUAAAAGCAAACGUAUAGUACCAAAGGUAAUUGUAUUGUUAUUGGAUAACAAAGCUGCAGAUGAUGUGUCUUUGCCAAGCAAAGCACUGAAAGAGUCUGGCAUCGGUGUUGUGGCUAUUGCUGGUAGUGGAGACGUUGACCAAGCUCAGUUAAAUGUCAUUACUGGCACACCUGAGAAUGUGGUGACAACAACAAGCUAUUCAAAAUUGCCAUCAAUUUUGGGAACUGUCAUUGAAAAGAUUAACAAUAUUAUUGGACAACCUAUUGGAAAAAUGCCGCCAUCUGGCCCUGGAGGACCUGCCAAACCUGCUGGUGUCCCUGCUGGCCCCUUAAAUAAAAUCUAUUUGGUAAAAGUAGUAACUGGUACAAAAUUCUUUGGUGGGACAGAUCAACAUGUCUUCUUGACUAUUCAUGGCUCUAAAGGUGUAACUAAGGAAAUCUAUCUCACACGAAGAGACAAAGCAAAGGCUAAGGCUCUAUUUGAACGUGGAAGCAAAGAUUUGUUUAAAUUGGAUACAACGGACCUUGGAGAUCUAAUAAAGAUAACUGUCCGAAUGGAUACAACUAAGGGAACAGGUUUCUUUGGAAAGAUUGAUGACUGGUACCUGUCAAAGGUUGUGAUCAAGGAUACCCAAACAGGCAUCAGAUACAUUUUCUCCUGUAAAAAAUGGCUUAAAAAGAGUCCUAACUCCCACAUCCUUCCUGUUGGUAAGAAGGAACAAGGGCCACCGACAGUUGGUCCCUCAAAACCAACACCAGAAAAAAUUGAUAUUGUUUUCCUCUUGGAUGGUUCAACACGAGUUGGCCCACGGCGUUUUAAGCUGGAGCUAUCAUUAUUUGAUACUGUUGCACAGUCAUUCCCUGUUGAGAAAGAUGGGGUACAUUUUGCUGGAAUUGUCUACUCGACCACAAGCAAGAUCGCAUUCCAACUUAACGCUAACACAGAUAAACUGACACUUUCUAAAGCUAUUCAAGCUAUGCCCUUCCUCGGUGGAGGUAGAAAUGUUGGGCAAGCAAUUGGCUCUGUAAAGGGUGGUGUGUUUGACAUAAGUGGCCGACCUGGUGUACCUAGAGUUCUUGUUGUUCUUAUGCUUAAGAAUUCACAAGAUGACAUGGUUGCACCGGCAUCUGCACUGAAACCACAAGGAGUUAAAUUGAUUGUACUUGGUAUUGGAAAAGGUGUGGACCCAUCCAAGCUUACGCCUGUUGCAUCCUCCCCUGAGUUUGUUCUCAUUCAAAGGCCAAUGCGUGAACUAGGUACACAAGCAGGUCCACUGGUUGGCAAAAUUAACAGUGCUGUUGGAAAGGAAAUUGGAAAACCAUUACCUGGACCAGUUGGACCAGGUGGUGAAACCAUUGUUCCAUUCGAUUUGGCAUUUGUUGUUGAUGGUGCAAAUAUUGUUGGACAGGCUAACUUUAAAAUGAUCAUUGAGUUCACCAAGUUUAUAUACCACGCAUUUCCUGUCUCUGCUCAAGGCACACAUGUUGGUAUGGUUACCUACAGUGAAACUGGUAACACAGCGUUCAACUUUAAACAACAUAAAUCAAUGAAAUCAUUAGACAUGGCAGUUGAUCAACUUAAACUACCAGGUGGUACCAACAAUAAUAUUGGUGCUGGCUUAGCAGCAGCACAUUCACAACUCUUUGGUACAAGUGGGCGAAAAAGCAAAAAGAUCAAAAAAGGAAUUGUAACAUUUUUGGUUGGCAAACCUGAUGAUGACCCUACAACAUACUCAGAGAAACUGAAAUCUGAGGAUAUUGUCUCAGUUGUCAUUGCUAUAAAUAGCGACAUGAAUGCAGUGAAGAUGAUUGCAAGCUCACCUGACCAUAUUUUAUCCAUUAAUUAUCCAGUGCAACUGAAAUUAUAUGUUGAUGAAGUUAUUGAAAUGAUCAAUAAAAAAGGUGGACUCAUUCCUGAUGCUCCAAUCGACCCUCCAAUCGGAGUUGGAGGUCCAGGAAAUCCUGGAGGCCCUGGUGGACCAGGUGGACCAGGUGGUCCAGGGGGACCUGGUGGUCCAGGUGGUCCUGGAGGAUCUACACCUCCUGGUGGACCUGGUGAACCUGGUGGUCCAAAAGGACCAGGGGGUCCCGAAGGUCCAGGUGGGCCAGGGAUGCCUGGAGGAACAGGUGGACCUGGUGGUCCUGGGGGACCAGGGGGGCCAGGUGGCCCAGGUGGACCCUGUGGCCCAGGUGGACCUGGUGGUCCAGGCGGCCCUGAUGGCCCAACUUGUAAGACUGGUGAACCAGGAGGACCAUCUGGACCUGGUGGACCAGGAGGACCUGGUGGACCUGGUGGUCCUAAUGGACCUGGUGGUAAAGAUGAUCCAAAGAAGCCAAACAAACCAGCUGGUCCAGGUGAGCCUGGUGGCCCUAAUGGUCCUGGUGGUCCAGGAGGGCCUGGUGGGUCAAAUGGCCCUGGAGGGCCAGGCUCAUUAAAUGGACCUGGAGGUCCUGGUGGACCAGGAGGACCAGGAGGCCCAGGUGGACCUGGUGGUCCAGGUGGGCCUGGAGGUUCUACACCUCCUGGUGGGCCUGGCCAACCUGGUGGGCCUGGAGGUCCAGGGGGCCCAGGUGGUCCCGGUGGCCCUGCUGGUCCAGGAGGACCCCCUGCACCUGGAACUCCCGUGACACCUGGUACUAAAAACCCCCAGCCACCAACCAAACCAGAGAAUGUUGGAGGUCCUGGUCAGCCUGGUGGCCCUGGUGGUCCAGGUGGACCUGGUGGGCCUGGUGGGCCGGGUGGGCCCGGAGGACCAGGAGGACCUAAAGCACCUGAACCACGCCCAACAAAACCAAGUCCACCAGGAACUCCAAGUGGACCUGGUGGACCUGGUGGGCCAGGAAGUCCUGGAGGACCUGGUGGGCCUGGAUCACCUCAUGGGCCAGGUGGGCCAAAAGGCCCUGGUGGACCAAAUGGUCCUGGUGGCCCUAAUGGACCAGGAGGACCAAAUGGACCAACUAAACCUGGUGGUCCAGGACAACCUGGCGGUCCUGGUGGACCAGGAGGUCCUCUUGGUCCUGGAGGACCAGGAGGAGAAGGAGGUCCUGGUGGUCCGCAUGGACCAGGUGGGCCUGGUGGACCAGCAGUCCCUAAUGUGCCUGGACAGCCAGGGAAGCCAAAUGGGCCAGGUGGACCAAAUGGACCAGGUGGGCCUAAAGGUCCAGCUGGGCCAGGUAGCCCAGGAGGACCAUUGUCACCUGGUGGCCCCGGAGGACCAAAUGGUCCGGGAGGUCCUGGCAGUCCUGGUGGACCAGGGGGGAAAACGCCUCCUGGUGGUCCAGGUGAGCCUGGAGGACCAUUGGGUCCUGGAGGACCUGGUGGAGCUGGUGGUCCAGGUGGUCCAGGUGGACCUGGUGGACCAGGUGGUCCCAAAACACCACACACUCCUGGUAGUCCUGGUGGAAUAAAAGGGCCUGGUGGCCCAGGUGGACCAGGUGGUCCAGGGGGUCCUGGUGGUCCAGGUGGCCCAGGUGGACCUGGUGGUCCAGGUGGUCCUGGAGGACCCAAAGAACCAACAAAGCCCAAACAACCAAGUACACAACCAGGCUCUCCUGGUCAACCUGGUGGUCCAAAUGGGCCAGGAGGUCCUGGUGGACCAAGUGGGCCAGGUGGGCCCAAUGGGCCAGGUGGACCUAAUGGUCCGGGGGGACCAAAUGGUCCUGGAGGCCCAAAUGGACCAACAAAACCAGGAGGCCCAGGUCAACCUGGAGGACCAGGUGGACCAGGUGGUCCAACAGGCCCAGGAGGGCCUGGUGGUGAGGGAGGUCCUGGAGGACCAAAGGGACCUGGUGGACCUGGAGGACCAACAACCCCGAAUAUUCCUGGACAACCAGGAAAGCCUGGUGGACCAGGUGGACCAAAUGGGCCAGGUGGACCUAAAGGACCCGGAGGUCCAGGUGGACCUGGUGGACCAUUAACACCAGGUGGGCCAGGUGGACCUAAUGGUCCUGGAGGUCCCAGUGGUCCUGGGGGUCCAGGUGGGAAAACACCACCUGGUGGACCUGGUCAACCAGGUGGCCCCAAAGGCCCUGGUGGUCCAGGAGGCCCUGGGGGUCCAGGUGGACCCGGAGGACCAGGUGGGCCAGGUGGACCACCUACAACCCAUGGACCUGGUGCUCCUAAUGGACCUGGAGGACCUGGUGGACCAAAAGGACCAGGUGGUCCAGGUGGGCCUGGUGGGCCUGGAGGGCCAAAUGGGCCAGGUGGACCUAAUGGGCCUGGGGGGCCAGGUGGCCCGAAAGGACCAGGUGGGCCUGGUGGUCCUAAUGGGCCAGCAGGUCCAAAUGGACCUGGUGGUCCAAAUGGUCCUGGAGGACCAGGUGGUCCUGGAGGUCCAAAGGGGCCAAAUGGACCAGGGGGGCCAAAUGGACCAGGUGGACCUAAUGGACCUGGAGGACCAAAUGGACCAACAAAACCUGGAGGCCCAGGUGAACCUGGAGGUCCGGGUGGACCAGGUGGACCAACAGGGCCUGGUGGGCCUGGUGGUGAAGGAGGUCCUGGUGGGCCACAAGGACCUGGUGGGCCAAAUGGGCCUAAAGUACCAAAUGUUCCUGGACAACCUGGAAAACCUGGUGGACCAGGUGGGCCAAAUGGGCCAGGUGGACCCAACGGACCAGGGGGACCAAAUGGACCUGGAGGACCAUUAACACCUGGUGGCCCUGGUGGACCUAAUGGACCUGGAGGACCUGGUGGGCCUGGAGGUCCAGGUGGAAAGACUCCACCUGGUGGCCCUGGUGAGCCAGGUGGAACCAAAGGUCCCGGUGGUCCAGGAGGACCUGGUGGUCCAGGUGGACCUGGAGGACCAGGUGGGCCUGGAGGUCCACCUACAACCCAUGGACCUGGUGAUCCUGGUGGUCCUGGAGGGCCUGGUGGGCCAAAUGGACCAGGUGGCCCUGGAGGGCCUGGUGGGCCAGGAGGGCCUGAGGGGCCUGGUGGUCCCAAAGGCCCAAGUGGACCAGGCGGACCAAAGGGACCAGGUGGACCUGGUGGACCAAAUGGGCCAGCUGGACCAAACGGUCCUGGUGGGCCAAAUGGACCUGGAGGGCCAGGUGGACCUGGUGGUCCUGGUGGGCCAAAUGGACCAGGUGGGCCUAAUGGCCCAGGUGGACCAAAUGGACCAGGUGGACCAAAUGGACCAACAAAACCAGGUGGUCCAGGUCAACCUGGUGGUCCUGGUGGGCCUGGUGGUCCAACAGGUCCAGGAGGACCGGGUGGUGAAGGAGGUCCUGGGGGACCAAAAGGACCUGGUGGACCAGAAGGGCCUGCUGUACCAAACGUCCCUGGACAACCUGGUAAGCCAAAUGGCCCUGGUGGCCCUAGUGGCCCAGGUGGACCUAAAGGUCCUGGAGGUCCUGGUGGACCGGGUGGACCAUUAACACCUGGCGGCCCAGGUGGACCUAACGGUCCUGGAGGACCUGGUGGGCCUGGAGGUCCAGGUGGAAAAACACCACCUGGAGGCCCUGGUGAGCCAGGUGGAACUAAGGGUCCUGGUGGUCCAGGAGGACCUGGAGGUCCAGGUGGACCUGGAGGACCAGGUGGGCCUGGAGGACCACCUACAACCCAUGGACCUGGUGAUCCUGGUGGGCCUGGUGGACCUGGUGGGCCAAAUGGACCAGGUGGUCCUGGAGGGCCUGGUGGGCCAGGAGGGCCUAAGGGGCCAGGUGGGCCCAAAGGCCCAAGUGGACCAGGUGGACCAAAGGGACCAGGUGGACCUGGUGGACCAAAUGGGCCAGCUGGACCAAAUGGCCCUGGUGGGCCAAAUGGGCCUGGAGGGCCAGGUGGACCUGGAGGUCCUGGUGGGCCAAAUGGACCAGGUGGGCCCAAUGGCCCAGGUGGGCCCAAUGGACCAGGUGGACCAAAUGGACCAACAAAACAAGGUGGUCCAGGUCAACCUGGUGGUCCUGGUGGGCCUGGUGGUCCAACAGGUCCAGGAGGACCUGGUGGUGAAGGAGGUCCUGGGGGACCAAAAGGACCUGGUGGACCAGGAGGGCCAGCUGUACCAAAUGUCCCUGGACAACCUGGUAAGCCAAAUGGUCCUGGCGGCCCUAAUGGCCCAGGUGGACCUAAAGGUCCUGGAGGUCCUGGUGGACCUGGUGGACCAUUAAUGCCUGGUGGCCCAGGUGGACCAAAUGGUCCUGGAGGACCUAGUGGUCCUGGAGGGCCAGGUGGACCAACACCACCUGGUGGACCAAGUCAACCUGGUGGGCCCAAAGGUCCUGGUGGUCCAGGGGGACCUGGAGGGCCAGGUGGGCCAGGAGGCCCAGGUGGGCCUGGAGGACCCCCUACAACUCAUGGUCCUGGUGAUCCUGGUGGACCAAAUGGUCCAGGAGGUCCAAAAGGACCAGGUGGUCCUGAAGGACCAGGUGGUCCAGGGGGACCCAAAGGACCAGGUGGUCCUCAAGGGCCUUUAGGACCAGGUGGACCAAAGGGGCCUGGUGGACCUGGUGGACCAAAUGGACCUGGUGGGCCAAAGGGUCCUGGAGGACCUGGAGGGCCAGGUGGACCAAAUGGACCAGGUGGACCUGGUGGUCCAAAUGGCCCUGGGGGGCCUAAAGGACCUGGUGGACCAAAUGGACCAGGUGGGCCAAAUGGUCCUGGUGGGCCAAAUGGGCCAACAAAACCAGGUGGUCCAGGUCAACCUGGUGGUCCUGGUGGGCCUGGUGGUCCAACAGGUCCUGGAGGACCUGGUGGUGAAGGAGGUCCUGGGGGACCAAAAGGACCUGGUGGACCAGAGGGACCAGCUGUACCAAAUGUUCCUGGGCAACCUGGAAAACCCAAUGGCCCAGGUGGUCCAAAUGGUCCUGGUGGUCCAAAGGGUCCAGGAGGACCUGGUGGACCUGGUGGACCACUAACACCUGGAGGCCCUGGAGGCCCUGGUGGUCCUGGAGGCCCUGGUGGUCCUGGAGGACCUGGUGGUAAAACACCUCCUGGUGGACCAAACCAACCUGGUGGACCUAAAGGUCCUGGUGGUCCUGGAGGGCCAGGGGGACCUGGUGGGCCAGGUGGGCCAGGGGGGCCUGGUGGACCUCCUACAACUCAUGGACCUGGUGCUCCUGGUGGACCAAAUGGACCUGGAGGGCCAGAAGGACCAGGUGGUCCUGGAGGACCAGGCGGUCCUGGUGGCCCAGGUGGUUCUGGAGGGCCAGGUGGACCAAAUGGACCAGGUGGACCUGGUGGUCCAAAUGGUCCUGGGGGGCCUAAAGGACCUGGUGGACCGAAUGGACCAGGUGGGCCAAAUGGUCCUGGUGGGCCAAAUGGGCCAACAAAACCUGGUGGUCCUGGUCAACCUGGAGGCCCAGGUGGGCCUGGUGGACCAAAAGGCCCUGGUGGGCCAGGUGGUGAAGGAGGUCCUGGUGGGCCAGAAGGGCCAGGUGGGCCAGGUGGACCAAGUGUGCCUAAUAUUCCUGGGCAACCAGGAAAGCCUAAUGGACCAGGUGGACCUAAUGGGCCAGGUGGACCUAAUGGACCAGGAGGACCAAAUGGACCUGGUGGGCCAUUAUCACCUGGUGGACCUGGUGGUCCAGGUGGCUCUGGAGGCCCAGGUGGACCUGGUGGACCUGGUGGAAAAACACCUCCUGGUGGGCCCGGAAAGCCUGGGGGACCAAAAGGCCCAGGUGGGCCAGGUGGACCUGGAGGUCCUGGUGGUCCAGGCGGUCCAGGUGGGCCUGGUGGACCUCCAACAACACAUGGUCCUGGUGAUCCUGGUGGACCACAAGGUCCAGGUGGACCAAAAGGGCCUGGUGGCCCUGAAGGACCUGGUGGACCAGGUGGACCUAAUGGUCCAGGUGGACCUGGUGGGCCAAGUGGACCAGGUGGGCCAAAAGGGCCAGGUGGACCUGGUUCACCAUAUGGUCCAGGUGGUCCAAAAGGUCCUGGAGGUCCAGGUGGACCAGGAGGUCCAAAUGGACCAGGUGGACCUGGAGGCCCUGUAGGACCAGGUAAGCCUGGAAAACCUGGUGGUAAUGGUGGUCCAGGUGGACCUGGAGGACCUGGUGGUUUAGGAGGCCCAGGAGGGCCUGGUGGUCCUGGUGGACCAGGAGGACCUAGUGUACCCAAUAUCCCUGGACAACCUGGAAAGCCAAAUGGGCCUGGUGGCCCCAAUGGACCAGGAGGGCCAAAUGGUCCUGGUGGUCCAUUGGCACCUGGAGGUCCUGGGGGUCCUGGUGGACCUGGAGGUCCAGGUGGUCCUGGAGGACCAGGUGGGAAAACACCUCCUGGUGAAUCAGGUGAACCUGGUGGACCUAAUGGACCUGGAGGACCAGUUGGUCCAGGUGGGCCAGGUGGACCUGGUGGGCCAGGUGGGCCAGGUGGCCCUGGUGGGCCAGGUGGCCCAAGUGUGCCAAAUGUUCCUGGACAACCAGGAAAACCUAAUGGACCUGGUGGGCCUAAUGGACCAGGUGGGCCUAAAGGCCCUGGAGGUCCAGGUGGACCAAAAGGACCUGGGGGACCUGGAGGACCUGGGGGUCCUGGAGGUCCCGGUGGGCCUGGUGGACCAGGAGGGCCUGGUGGACCUACGAUUCCUCAAAAGCCUAGUGUACCUAGUAUACCCAGUGUACCUGGCCAACCAGGUACACCUGGAGGUCCUGGAGGUCCUGGUGGACCUGGAGGACCUGGUGGACCUGGGGGACCUAAGUCACCUGAGACACCAAAACCUGGAACCCCUGGUGGUCCUAAUGGUCCAGGAGGACCUGGUGGCCCUGGAGGCCCAGGUACACCUGGUGGAAUAAUGGGUCCUGGUGGCCCUGGUGGUCCAGGUGGACCUGGAGGUCCUGGAGGCAAAUGCGGCCCUGGUGGACCAGGUGGACCUGGAGGUCCAAGGGGUCCAUCAUGUGGGCCUGGUGAGCCUGGGGGUACUCUUGGACCUGGUGGUCCAGGAGGUCCUGGUGGGCCUGGGGGUCCAGGUGGUCCUGGUGGUCCAGGAGGUCCUACUCCACCUGGUGGACCUGGUUCACCUGGUGGACCAAAAGGUCCUGGUGGACCUGGAGGCCCAGGUGGACCUGGUGGUCCUGGUGGGCCAGGUGGACCCGAAGGACCCUUAUCACCCGGUGGACCUGGUGGACCAGGUGGGCCAGGAGGCCCAGGUGGUCCUGGUGGGCCUAAAGGACCUACACCACCUGGAGGGCCCGGUGAACCUGGUGGACCUGGUGGUGCAGGUGGUCCUGGUGGUCCCGGUGGUCCAGGUGGUCCAGGUGGACCUAAUGGGCCAAGACGAAUUGGUGGAGCUGAUAUUGGCUUUAUUAUUGAUGGAUCUUCUCUUGUUGGGGACUCGAAGUUUAAAAUCUUGCUCCAAUUUGUGAAGUUGGUGUCAAGGAAGUUUGUUGUACCAGGAUCUGGCAAUAGGGUUGCUUUGAUAGUGUUUGAUGACAAGGAUGCCCAUUUGAUAUUUGACAUGACAUACUUUAAAACGUUUGAACAUCUUACUCGCUUGAUUAACAUGAUCAGGUAUCCACCCAGCAGUGGACGUAAUCCACAAUCUCUCUACCACGGCUUAGUCUUGGCACAUGAAAUCUUAUUUGGCGCAUCUGCUCGGCCAAAAUCGUCAAAAUAUUUGAUCACAGUGACUGCAGGCAACAGCGCUCCCAGGAUUAAGCAGGUAUCACUUGACUUAAAGAGUGAGGGAGUUGAAUCAUUCGUGAUUGACCUAUUCCCAGCUAGAAAUUCGGAUGUAAAACCACUGGUAUCAAAACCCAUUGCGAAGCACAUGUUUACAGCAGAUAUCAGCAGUCCAGGCAACCUGAGAAAGGGGUUGAUAACUGUGGCUCCCGCAAUAACUUCAUUGAUUCAAGGCUCUGUUCCUGUAACACAGCUAUGUUCUCCAUGCAAGAGAGGUCUUAACAUCUAUUGUAAAUUCUGUCCACCUGACAUGCGCUCUGAAACGCCCAAAGCUCCUAUGGCUCCCGAGGCACCAGCUGUGAAAAAAGCAUCGAGACCUUUGCGACAAUUCCGUGCGAGAGCUCAGGCGUUGUUCAAGAAAACACCAUCAACUUUAGCCGCAUCGAAGACAAUGGGAACGCUGACUGAUGUCUAUCCUGAAUAUAAAUACAAGGACGUGUACUAUAACGGUGGAAGAGCUCAGAAUGUUGAUUACAACGCGUGGUCAGGACAAUACGAUUCAAACGUAGUUUCACCACAAAACAACAAUGGUGGCGGGUGCGUUGAUGUAGACAAACACUGUCAACUUUAUGCAUCUCAAGGAUUCUGCCACGAGCCGUUCACAGCACGAGCAAUGCGAACUUUGUGCCGAAGAUCAUGCGAUCUCUGCCAAAUGACUUAGCAAAAUUACUGCAACACUGGAACCACGCUUUGAAUGUAUUUUUCAUCUUAUUCUAAUUAAAUAAUUUAAACGUAAUUUACGCUUUGCAUGCUUUAAACGCUUUCAUUAACAUUGUAAUUGUGUUUCGUAUCGUAAAUGUUAACGCAUAUUAAAGUUAAAGGUAAUUGAUUAACAUCUUCGUACGGACGAAAAAGUAUGUCUUUGAGUUCUUUCAAAGAAUUUAAUUGUUGGCAUCGCUAUGAGGUAAACUUUGUAUGGUAAACUAGCUUUGUAUAUGGUUAACUUGUCAAUAUUAACUUAUUUUAAUCUUAAAUAUAUUUGCUUGCUUGCUUAAUUAUUAAAUAUAUGUAUUC